AUUGCUGUCUCGCUGCGUGGACGAACGCUGUCUGCUGAAGUAAUGUAGCGGAUUUCUUUCCACGAAAUUAGACGCUUUAGAAACACCGACCCUCAUGGACUAAGAGAAGAAACGCGCUCAGGAUAAUUUUGACCUCUUUUUGUUUCUGGUGCUUUCUUUAUUUGGACGGAGAACAGAUUUGUGUCACCUCAGAGAGAGAGGGAGGAAGGAUCAUCGCAGCAAACAUGUACGUUGAUUUAAAUGCUCUCAUGUCGAAGUCUGUGUCUUUUAUCAAACCAGCUGUGUCUCUUCACAUGAUUUAUCUGUUCUAGUUUGUCUCCUGUCUUGGUCGGGGACUUGGCUCACAUUAGCGCAGGACAUCUUCACUGUGACAUGAGCAGCUUUUCUCUCCCUGCUCUCCUGUCUGCUCUAGUCUGCUCCUGUCACACCGACACGUCCCUCUCUCUUCUGUAUAGAGAACAAACCCUGAGUUUAAAAAUCCUGAAAUUCAGCUGAACUUGUAGUCUAAGAGCUCCAGCUUCGGUCUGUGGCUUCAGUGAAAUCUCUCCUCGUUGGUUUGUUUGGUGCAGGACUCUCCGCAGUGCUUUUCCAGGAUGACUUCAAGUAACACUGGGUGCUGCUCAGCACCGGGACAACAUUAAGUUGCGCAAAGUUUGCCUUUAAAACUAAUGUUGUCUGCUGAAUUGUGUUCACCAGAAACCCGCAAAUCAUCAGGGUUGAGUCUUAAAUAUCUGUUCUCAAGCGGUAACCUAAUGACCGGUUUGGUCACCUAAAUUGAGCUGAAUAUUUGUCUCUGGUGCUAAUGCGCUUUAAAUAUUAUAAUAAGAUGUAGUCAUGUAAUGGAUGCUGUGAUUUGUGUGCGUGCCAGUUCGUUCACGUGUGUGACAACUUCACCUGGUUGUUGGUUUUAAAUGCACCAUUUUGAUGUUACAUUUUAUAGCAUUUUUAUUCAUAAGUAGGGGAGAGUGGGGUAAGUUGCGCCAAAGGGUAAGUUGGUUCAACCCCCCUGUUGCUUGGAAAUGGUAAAAGAAAUUGAUCAUGUGACCAAAUAUUUAGGAGAUGGGCAUCAAUUCAUGGAGUCUGUGAAGGUUAGAAGAACAUGGAUGAAGGGGUUAGACAUUUAUUUCCCAAAAACAUUUUUCACAAUUGAAAGUGAAUUUAGUUUGUCGUACGUUUUAUUAGAAUUUUUUUCAGACCCAAAAAGAUCAUUUUAAAUUUGUUUUAUGCCUCAAUUGUGGUAUCUAUGAGCUACAACAUGAGGUCAAAAACCUAGCAUAAAAGUCCACCAUUUUAGCGUAGAGGACUAAUUAAGUCAUCAUAGUAGUUCUGGGGUAAGUUGAGUCAGUGGUUCAACUGAGAAAGUAAAGGAGUCUGAUGAGAGGAUCAGAGUUUCAGUUCAGAUUGUUGAAAUGUGUUACUUUUUCUUUUCAAAAAUACAGCUGUGAAUGUUCUGAAUGACUUAAAAGGCAUUCUCAUGUUAAAAUGACUUUUAGAAUUAUUGUACCUGUUGGAUAGCAUACAAUAGAUAAAAAUACACAUGAAUAUGAAGAAGUGACUGUUAUUUAGAGCGAGAGAAGGUGAGAGAGGACUGGGAAGGAGAGUGGGGAAACCGCUCGACUUACCCGCUUCUAUGGUCAACUUAUCCCAUACACGGGGUAAGUUGACCAUAGGAGACCACUUUUUUUGCAUGCUUUUUUUUCAUGCUAUAUUAUCAAGACAGUUCUGUUUACACUCAUUCUGUUGGGCUGCAUGAAUGCACAAAAUCUUGAAAUAUGCAGAUUAGAGACAAAACUAUGAUUGCCUUGAUGUAGUGAUCUGAAAUAUGAAAAAUGGCUGAUCUUACCCCACUCUCCCCUAUAUGCGGGAAAACUACUGUGUAAAACCCUGUGUGUGUACUCAAUUUUUAACAGCACAUUCUACAUCUACAAAGUGAAACAAACAACAAGAUAAAAACACUUGACUCUUGCCCACAAUGCACGUGUAUGCAUGGUUUAAAGGGGAAGUGGGCAAGUGGCAUUGCAUCAGCAAAAGUUAAUUGGACCUCCAGUCAGACAAUAAGUGUAGUUGUUCACUUAUUUUCGUUUUUUUACAAACAAAGCCUAAUCAGAAUUUUUACAAAAUUACAUGAAGUUCUUCCAGUGUCCUGUAGACCUGUUUGUGAUGUUAAAACUCAAAGCUCGGUCACUCUGUUUGGUGUCAGACCUGGUGCUUUGUUAGAUUACAGCUGACAUCUGAUUUGCUGGAUACAGUGCAGCAACUACUCACUGCACAGGCAUGGAUAGACAGGUGCUCUGCAGCUGAGAGCAAGUGGCUGAGAGUGUGCCCAACUAAGACCUGAUCAGCAUUUGAGAAAGUGUCUCUGGUUUGUCAUGAACCCUGACCUUAGAGCUGUUUGAUUUUAGCCACAUCUAGUCUGGUGAAUAUGCAAAUUAUUCUGAGUGAUCCCACAGUGAAACUCAUCCAAGCAACAAAGGGAGGAUCCUCUUUUACUUUGGGCUUCUUUUUUUUUUCAAACCAUAAGUUAUGAAAUAUGCGGGGGAAAAGUUAAGCAGAAAAAAAUGACAAUGAACUUGAGUAAUUUUAUUUAUUUAUUUUUUUUUUGGCUGACAGAUUUUAUUAGCUGUUAAUUUCCCUCUCUUCAAAUCUGUUAUUUUGUGAAGGACAUUGAAGAAACUGUCCCUAUCUUAUAUAAACAAUGUAUUGACUGGCUGAUAAUUGAAAGACAGUAAUUUAACUACCUCAUCCAUUUAUUAUGCAAACAGACAAGCUCUCUGUCUCCUGUGACAACAUUCCUGUCAUAGCUGUGAAAUACAGCGCAUACUGUAGUAGUACUCAGCCUGCAGUUCAACUAACAAACAGAGCUGUUUGAUUUUGCUCCAAGUGGGGUCGAGGCCGUGGUCUCCAAAUGUUGCCGUAAUAGGUGACAAAAACAAUCUCGUUCAGGCUGAGUCUGGGAACGCUCCCACCAACCGCAAACACACUGUGCCUGUGUUACUCUCUCAGAGGGAGUUGAACAGUGAGUCCUUUGUGGCCCUGCAGGGCUCUCACUGUUAGAAGACCUAAUUCAGCUAAUAAUCAGGCCUGUGCUAACAAGCUGCAUGAAACAGAUACAGAGCGGAGGACAGACACUGCUCUCACUCAUCCGACUCUCAUUUCAUUCAACAUUUUUGUCCACCAUCCGAUCAGAACAUUUCGGUCAUAUCUGUGUUGAUGCAGUUGCUCAUUGCUAAUUUGAAAGUGUCUUUUUGGCAUUAGUGCUAUUGUAAUAUCCAGUAAAAUAACUGGUGAAGAAAGAAGUUAAGAUGCAUCAUUUUACUGUAUCAGUUUAAGACAAAAGAACUGUAGGCUGGAAAAGAUGGUCACAUGGGGUUGAUACACUGGUUUGAUGACAGCUCCCAUUGAACACUUGGAUCUAAACAAGAACACAUGAUGGAUAGCAUCGUGAAGUUUGGCAGUAUUUUGAACCAUGCCCGUUAAAGCUAUAGUGCGUGACUUCUACGCAUCUGUAAAUAUCUGUUUCACCCAAGCCACGACAAGAGGAGAUGAUACAACGCUGAUUAAGCCAUUUGGCUCCUCUAACACCUCAGGGUAUUUUUUAGUAUUUGAUUUUCUUGUAUUUGGUGUCUUUGGCGACAUCCCAGCGCUAGCGCACAGGAAUUGAUGUGUUCUAUUUGGUUUUACCUGACAACAAGAAGGGAGGGGAGAGGAGAGUGCUGCUAAAAGCAACAUGGCGGUGAACCCAAAGAAGCAACCAAGAGAUUCAGAAGUUGAUCCCACUAAAAAGAAAAAGCCAUACCGUUUGGGAGUGACAAACAGAGAAGAAUAGAACAGAUUUGUUUCGGUGUCGCUUUUCCUCAAUGGAGAUUGGACUGAGGUCUGACACCAAUGUUGCCUUCAUACUGCUGGAUAAGUAAGUGACUCUGUUCGUUACAAGCAGGAUGUGUUGCUGUUACAUGUACUGGACUGAGUACUUUAUUAUUUUUUUGGAAAUGGGGCUGUUAAUGUAAUGUAUUGUUAGCAGCCUGGUGUUCGCCACAUUGUGUAACAAGGUUGCUGUUUGUAACUUACUACGAGGGGCUGUGUGCUGUGAGGAAUAUCUUUAGUAGCCUACAUGUUGUGUAGACAGUUACAGUCUGUCUACCGUGAAGAGCAGUAUGCAAUGAAUGGAGUGUUACCCCGUGUACUGGUUACACCGGGCCAUACGUCAUAUUGAGGUGCCGGCCGUAUCUUUGUAAUUACACAGAAAUCUUCUAGGGGGUGAUAGAAGUUAUGCACUAUAGCUUUAAACGGGGUUAUUACCAUUUGAGCAAUGCAUAAUCAGCAGAGGUGGAAACAUCAACCUGCAACAGGUACUCAGUGCCGGGGGUGCUAGCUCCGCUGUCAGAUUUUUAAAGAUGAUUGACAGCUCUGUUGACAAAUGUGGGCUCCUGCAGCAUUAGCUAGGGAGGCGGAAAACAAAACUAUCACAAACACAAGAGCAGGCGAACUUUGCAUAGACACAGGUGAAUGUCAGCUUCAAACUAAACAAGAAUCUGUUCUGCUGUGGGCAGUACUGUCCUGGGAGAUUUUGUUGAUGAUGUAUUAGUGAGUUAAAUUCAUGUCUUUGUUAGUGGAAAACGUAUAGAAUCAGCUGCACCUGUGCAGUAUGUCAGUACUUAGGUGGUAUUUUGGCCUCACAUCUCACAAUAUGCAGCAAUCAAGGAGCUUUGAUACAUCAUACAUCCAAUAGUCUGGAUGUUUUGGUGCAAGGAAGAAAAAACAAGCUUAGAUCAGCAGAAGCUCAAAAAGCUAGUACCAAAGCUUUGCUGAAAACCAUCUUAGAAAACCUAAUUUCUUUUAGGAGAAGCUGCUGACUUGGUUGAGAAGCUAAGAACCCAUCCAGUAUAUAAAAUGCUUAAAGUUGAUUUUGGGGCUCAGUUUGUCAAGUUUAGAGUCACGUCUGUUCUCUCUUGCAUCAGCCCUUGUAUGCAGCAGUUCAAACUUGUCAUUUUGUCUUUGAGUUUUGCUCUGCUCUUCAUAAAUGAUGUCCAUAAUCCUACAGCAGAUAGUAAAGAGAGGGGUCAGCGGUGAAACUUAAGCACCGUAGUUAAAAGCAUCUGUGAGGCCCUGAAAGCCACCCGACAUGGUUUACUGUGCGUUUUUUGAACAGCCUUAGGCCCCUGCCCCUCUCACUCUCUCACACACGCACACGCAGUUGUUUGAAGAUAAUGAUUUCCUCUGGUGGAGUAGACUUCCUUGAAGAACUGGACAAACAGCCAAUUACCGCACAAACUCUAAAACUCGGAUAUAUAUACACACUAAUGUAGACCUGCACAAAUACACACAGGCUGGACUCUAAAGACUUUGACCCACUAAUGGUUUGCUUUCACAGAACAGCGCGGUCAGGAACAGUUUUAAACAGUUCCUGAGGCUACUCUGGAAAAUAAAGAUGUUUAAUGAUACAGUGUAAGUCAAACGUGAGAAUACUGGCACUCAGUUUCAGACAGGAGUAGUUUUGAGGUUUAGUGAUAAAGGAAGCUUUUAACUAGUUGCAGGUGUAAAUAAAGCAGCUGUCUCUUCUAGACCUGUACUUAACACUGAGCGUGUAUGUGAAGUAUGUCACUGCUCUGUGAGGAUGUUGUAGAACCUGUUGAAAUAUCCUCUCCGUUUUUCAGGUGUUUGAAAAAAAUUUGCUCACUUGUUUUUUUUGUGUGUCAAUCAGAAACUCCAGAGGCAGCAGUCGUUUCAACACCUAACAAUUUAAAGUCAAACGCAAACAGCCAGGACGUGAAUGAAGGAAACUGCUUAACUGCUAUGACCUGCUGAACUGUAGACAUGUGUGCUCCAUUAAAGUUUCCAUAAAACAACUUCAGGUUUUACGUAAUUUACCAACUUCAAAGUACCAUUUAACCCAGUGUUUUUGCCUUUUGAUGUGGACCUAUAUGAGCGGCUGUGAUUAUUGUCUGAUCUGUUGAAAUUGAUCUAAUACAAGAACUUGAAUGGCUACAACCUCUUUGUCUUCAAUAUAGUGGAUGACUUAUGCUGUGUUCGAGUAACCUCGGAAGUCAGAUGUCAGAGUUGAAAAUGACAUCACACCCAAGAUACCAGCGUUUCAGUUACCAAGUCGAAAAAAAGCGAAAUCAGAGGCGGAAAAAAGAUGGCUACACCUAUGAAAGUCAUUUUAGCACUUCCCUUGACCUUGUUAUAUUCGGACAAGGCAAUAACUUUCGUAGAUGUAGCCGUCUUGUUUCCACCUCCGAUUUUGCUUUUUUCUGACUUGGUAACUGAAACGCUGGUAACUCGGGUGUAAUGUCAUUUUCAGCUCCGACAUCUGACUUCCAAGGUAACUCGAACGCAGCACAAGACUGCCAUCUUUCUUAUCCUUUCAGACUUCCUUUGUUGAUGAUGUCAUUAUUACAAAUACACUACGUGAUUUUUUUUCUCCAGUUAAUAUGGAUAACUAAUGCCCUAAAUGGUUUAUACCUAUAAGAUUGCUGCCAUUCUUUUUCAGGGUUUUGAAUCUACAAAAAAGUUUGUAAUGUGUAGUUUCUGUAAGCCUCGUAAUAAAGAAAGCUAAGGUUUAGUGAGCAAUGAUGGAUUUGAACUAAUACUAUAUCAACACACACAUAAAAAAACAGCCACAAUUGUUACUUACAAAGUCAGCAGUAAACAUACUCAACUGCCUCCCCAAUAAAUCAAACAAUAUUGAAAAGCCCCAAAAUUUUGGGAUGCUGUAAAGGCUGACUGGGGAGGACAUUUUCAGUCUUUCCCAUGACCUUCAUGACAGUCGUUACUAAACAGGCAAGUGUUCCUGCUUCAUGGUGAUGGCAGCUUUUCUAAUGACUUUCAAGAAUCAUUAUAUUAACUAGCAGACUUUUGUUUUGCAAAUUGAAGUGAGUUAUCCUCCUUUGAAAUGCCAAAAAAAUCUACACAGGUGGAUCGCGAAUCAUCAACUUAUUUGUAAAAAGCUGCAGACUUAACUAGAUCGGGCUACCUGAACUGAAUCAAUAACUAAAUGAAAGUAUGUUAGAUGUUUUUAUCUGAUUAAAAUGAAUAACGAAAAUAGUAAACAAUAUAAUACAUGACCACUAUUGGCUGAUAAUUAAUCAGACCUUAUAUUUUACAUCCCCCGUCAUGUUCUGAUAGAUGCAAUAUAAAAAGUUUUUUACAAAUCAUGCAGGAGACUUUUUCGGAGAAAGUCCUGCUAGUUUUGAUUUGAAAUUAAAGGAAAAACACAUCAGCCUGAAGAUAAUUGAAGUAACAUUCAAGUUGUUCUGAUUUUAGAGGCAUGAAUUGCACAUAAAGCUUUAAAAUAUGACUUUAGUGAAGGCACACUUUAACAGCCCCUGCAUUCCUUUUGAUGCACUUUCCUCUAAGUUACUGGUGUCAAACAGCUCAAACAUAAAGACCCAUAACCUGAAUCUAAAAGAAACACUUAAGAUGGAUCACAGUCCCCAGAGCUGUACUCGACCUGACCUCUGACUCAGCUGAACUCACGGUCUGUCUGCGUCCGUGCAGCCGUCCAGCUCUGUGACUCACACACUGUCUUUCCUUAAUAACAGAGCUGCUGCACUAAUCACAUGUUUCACUGACUGCUGCAGCCAUUUACAGUCUUUUUGCUUUGGAAAAGCAGAGCAUAUGGGAUGGAGGGAGGUUUGGUCAUCGGAGGGUCAUUUGCUGUUAUUUUCAGCACUGGUCCCAGAGGAGCUGUUCUGUUGAGAUUUCUGUUGUCCUUUUUUUUUUAUUGAAGGCUUUUCCUUUAAAAAGCUGUUCCAGGAAAUGUUUAUUUUACAUCAGACACACAUCUGAACUGUUCUCUUCAUCAGACCUCAUAUUUGUUAAAGGGAUCGACUUUUAUGAUCUGAUAAAACUGACUUACUGGUUUUCUCUCUCUCUGGCUGCUCGUCAUUGCAGUAGUUUGUGCUUCCUUGUACCUUCUCUCUUCCUGUUCAUCUGAAAUAGUUCACCCUUUUCCUUUCGGUAAAUAGUGGAGAAGUUUGGGAAUAUUUUAGAGCAAAGACAGACAAAUCUAUGUGGAAGUCUGGUACCAGGUAGACAGGUGUAACACAGAGGUAAAUGUUGUUCAAGACAGGGUCACUGAAAGCACAAAUUUUACAGAUGGAGGCUGCAAUAAAACUAUAAAGGUCCAUAUGACGGACACGAGAAUAUUACAACUGCCCUCAAAGAUAUCAGUACUUUUUCAUGUUCUGCUUUUAUAUAGUGGCCCCUAAACAGGAAGCUUUGUCUAUAAACAGUGUUUGUUGUGGAGGCAUGGAUACACCAGAGACCUCUUGGAAGGAUGCAUCUUUGUUUCUUCCCUCUAAGCUCUUUCAGGAGGUGAAUCCAGGAGGUGAAUUUAAGGGGCUUGAAGAUUUGGGAAACGAUUUUCGGGUCACGGGAGGAGAGAGGACGUGAAGAAGCAUAAGUUGGUGUAAUGAAAAUCUUCCAUUGUCUCUCUCUGUGUCCUCCUUUGCACCUCUCUUCAUGUCUGCACAUGCAGAUGGUCCAGGUGAAAGAGAUUACCAGAGGAUUACCCACUAUUGCCUGUAAGACCAAAGCCAUGGCCACAGAUAGAGAGUGGGAGACGAGCAGUAUGCAAAUCAAUCAUUUGGAUACACAGACAACAAUAUAGAUGAACACACAGUAAGCCAUGUGACCUGGUGUUACCAAUUAUUAUACCAUAAUUCAUAUAAAUCAAUUUUAUAUAAUAUUUUAAUACAUUUCAUACAACACAGAAAGAGACAGGGAAUCCCCAAUCACUGCAAUUUGAGGGGCUGGAACAUUUUAGUUAUUUUUCUAUUAAGAAAGUGUUCAUUUUUAAGUGUGGUCACACAUGUGUUGUUGUGUGUGUUUCUAAUCUGGGUCACAAAGAGCUUCAGAGAAAGGGAAUCACUCAGAAACUUUCAAAUCAGCCUCCCUUUGUGACAGCUCAUGCUUUUAUCAGUACUUGACUGCAGCUACGUGGCUAAUCAAGCCAUAAGACCUGUUUAGAUCAAAAUAAAAACAAGGUCAAUCAACGGCCCACACUGCCAUGUCUGUGUCAUAAAUGCAGCAGCACUGAAAAGAUGACUAAGCCAUAUAAAUAGAUACUUCAACUUUGACCACAAGGAAAAGAAGAGUCUCUUUCACUUCAGCUGUUUGUUGUUAAACUACCAGUGAUUUACAACCAACACACCUGAGUCAUAGUUUAGAGCAGUGGUUCUCAAGUCCAGUCCUCGAGGCCCACUGUCCUGCAUGUUUGGGAUGUUUCCCUGCUCCAACACACCUGAUUCAAAUGAUCAGCUCGUUAUUAAGCCAUUACAGAGUUUGAUAACGAGCUGAUCAUUUGAAUCAGGUGGGCCUCGAGGACUGGACAUGAGAACCACUGGUUUAGAUUAUUCUGGUCAAGUAUUACUCUAAUACAAGUGGAAGAAGCUCAGUUAAACUACCACUUGCUUUUUUACAUUAAGUAUUCAAACGAUCUUUGCUUUUUCAAAUGUUGUAUUUUCACAAUGCAAUUAGUGCAGUUAAGAAAAUAUUGCCAAAGAUUCUGUUAAGUUCAUUGAAAAGCAUUAUUUGAAUUAAGUAGACUCACAUGCCACAGGUUUUUAGAUUUGCAACUCCAAAAUAGUACAAACAAUAAUAGGAACAAACAACCAUAGCAUAAAACUAAGUUUCUAGAAGCACUGACAACUUGGUUUAAAAUAUUUAUGCAGGAUACCAGGACUUGUUAUCUGAGGCUGAACUGUAAGUGUCCAGGCCACGAUUAAGUUUUUACAGGCUAAAAUUAAAAAACAAUGUAGGUCAUUUCUUCAUUUCAAAACCCUCAAACAGGCUCAAGACAUGACCACCAGCUUUCAGGUGAAGGAUCGUUCCUCUCUGCUGUGGCCAUCACUGCACUGCCUGAUGUGACGUUUGUUCUGAGUUUCCUACCAAUGAGAUGUUCAACAUAUAGGCACAGAUACAUCACUUAGACAAACCACACAUAGAACGACACAAACACUGUGACUUUAUGAGAGACUGUAGCAUUGAUCCAAAACUAAAAGGUCAUGAAACAUGGCACUGGUCAAUCUCAAGUAGCUGGAAGCAGCGGUGAAGUUGAUCCAGGCACAGUUCCUGGAAAAGAUGGUGAAAUCGAAUGAGCUGCAUGGGUGCAUGAACGAGCAUCGGGGAACUAAGACACAUCUUUUUCACCUCUCUAAGCACAGAUGAGACUGUUUGUGAUUGUAGCUCUGACUGGCCGAUUGUAGAGCCAUCUCAAGAUGUCAGAAGGAUGCAGGUGCUGAUAAGCACUAUUCAACACAAAGUAUGGAAUAGUCUUCCAUCUUUCAUUACAAGGUUAACCAGUAAACAUAUUAAGAAAGAAGGUAUACCAAUAUCUAAUGACCCAGACUCACUGAUAUAAGAAACAGGACACCUAGACUAGGCUGUGACGACAUACAAUAUGUGCCAAUGAGAUUUAGAUUAGUAGUACAUUUAUCUGGCCUUUAUUGGUGUCUAUUGUAAUUGGAAAUGUAAUGUUAACUAUGAUUCUUGUUUUAGUUUGGAUUUUAACAUCUUGUACAAUUCUCCUGUUUGGACUUUUAUCAUUUUAAUCUGUGUGAACACUGACUGUCUUCUUGCCGACCCCAGGAAGAGUAGCUGCUGCUUAGGUAGUAGCUAAUGGUGAUCCAAAUAAAUAGAUAAAUAAGCACGGGUGCGAGAAAAAUUUAACCAAAAGGGGGGGGGGGGGCAACCUAAUUCAAGUUAAGAGUCGAAAUAUUCAAUGGAAAUCCUGUUGGUUUCAGGUUAAGAUGAAAUCAUACAGUGUAGAUUCAGCAUCAGAGGUGCUCACUUCACUCUAGACUCUGGCUUCCUUUUUUGGAGCUUGCUCUUAGUUUCCUUCAUUUAGGCUUGCACUUAGGCUGCAGGCUCAUGUAAUAUUAUCAUCGGGUUAUGGUCACAGUUUAACCCACCAGUUUAGCAGCUGCUUAAGUCUACGUGCUGUUUCACCCGUCCAUGCUGCGGCUUAACCCUCUAUGAAGGGUUAACCCAAUGACAUAGUUUCCCUACCUGCGUAUCCCGCCAGACUGCAGAGUGACAGACAUAACUUCAAUCAGCACUUUCUAAUGGCAGAGAUUUUUAUUAACCUUUAAUGAAGAAACUAAUGAAAAACUAAAUUCUACAUUUCAGAUUAAGUCACAUGAAUACUUUAUGUCAAUAAAUAUGCAUGCAUUUUUAAUUCAGGGCUCAUGACAACACCAAAAUAUAGAAACCUGUACGUUUAAAACCAAAUGUUUAUAGAGCUUGUUGAUGUUUGACAAAUAUUAAAACCAUCACAUGUGAUACAAUUCCAGAGAAACAGGAGGGGAUAUCAGGAAUCUUUGAGUCUAUUUUAGCCUGAGGAUUCAUGUAGAGGUUAUUUUCAGUCAGUUUUACAUGUGACUUGGUGCCAUAUUAGCUACUAGCUACAAACUAGUAAUUAGCCUGCUGCACUUCAGUGACAGUUAAGCUGAUUAUUGGCCAGCUGGAGAUUAACCAGAAAGUCCCACUUCACAGGGGUCCACACACACACACACACUCAGUCAUAUGGUGCUUAGUGAUGGAGGAACAGCCUGUCACUUUAUUACAGAGCUCACUCUACUCCACCAGAAUGAAACAGGACUUCAGCUGCAUUUGGUUCCACCACUCCUGUACAGUAUGGUUCAGAGUCUGAAUUACUGUCUAAAUUUGCUACUUAUAACCUGCAUUAUGUGUUUCUACAGAACAUGAGAAAGAAGGCCUUUAUCCAACAUGAAGCCUUCUGAAGCACAAUCAACACUUUCUACUGCUGCUUCACUUUUAAAAGACUGUAAAAGUAAAAAGUUUUUAGGGUGGGGUGACUAUAUUGUGAAUCCCCAAAAAGAGGACACAACUGUGUGGGGGCGGAGUCAUGGAGUAUCAUAGUAAAUUUUGAGAGUUAUUCUGGUCUGGUUGAGCGUUUUUCAUGCGCUUUUAACUCAGUAAGUCCACGUGACACAAACCCAAAACUUCCGUACAAAAUCAUGGACAUUUGAAGAAUUUUAUAAACUCCCCCAAACAAGGCCGGACAAGCCAUGUCCGGGUAAAAGAGCACGCAUGGUCACCCUAUAGUAGAGUCAUUUAACCAGGUUUUCAGUAACAUAUUCCACAGGAACUGGGAUAUUUUUUUUAACCUUUUUUGUAUACAUGCAGUGCAGAGCAUGUGUUAAUCUGGGAUGUGAAUGUGAGGGGUCGGAUCUAAACUUGCUCUCCCUGGCAGAAAAACCAAGGUAGAUGUAGAUCAGCAGCUCCCUGGUUGUGCAAUUCAAGAUUUCCCUUUUUGUCAAUGGAGUUCGGUUGCAGUGACUUUAUAACUGUGUCUGGUUUCAAAAAAAGAGUCUCACUUUUUUUGAAACAAACUAGGCCAAGUGUAAUUUCUGUGGCAUUAGAGUCACAAUCUGAGUAGAGAUUAACCCAGACUAUUCUAUUUUGUAUUUUUUGAUUGUCAAUGUGGCCGUUAAUAUUGGUGGUCGACUGACAUCAGCUUUUCAAUGGUUGACAGUCAAUUAUUAUAGAGGAGGUCAGCCAAUAGCAGAUGUACAGGAAAAUGCAAAUGCCAUGCUGGUGUUUUUCAGUAAAAUCUAACCCUAUUAUCCCAUGCACAUUACAUUACGUGCUUAUUUUAGCCAGAAACACGUUUCAGAUGGAUUUCAAAUGGAUUAAUUUAAUAGAAAAAUUGAUUGAGCUAUGCCAUAGAUCUCUUGACAGUUACUGAUCUGCUGUCGUUAAGGGUGGGAAAAAUGUGUGAUCAUCAAAGAGGACAUUUAUACUGUUUUGCAGCAGCCACACUGACAAGGCUGUGAGCAGUCAGUGUCUGGAGACUAUAGUGAUCAACAAGCAUAAUGACUGUUAAUCAAAACGCGUUCUUAGAAUAAGAGUACAAACAUAGAUUCUCAGAACCGAUCACUGUUUUUGAGCAGCUGAUGGCAGAUAUAUAAUGCUGAUAUCAGGUUGUUUUUGCCUUUUUUAUUGCAUUUGAUAGAACACAACUGUUUAGGACUAACUACAAAUGAAUAAUAUAAGUGGACUUCAGUCAACAGUUUGUCAAAAACAUGUUGCCAGAAGGAUGUUUGACUCAUCAGCCCAAUAAAUCUGCCAUCAGACUAUCUUUACUGUAGUGAUUCCAGUGAUUAGCCAAUAUUGAUUAUCAUAAAAUGCCAUUGUUUGGCUUUGUAUACUGUAGAGCAUGCUUGUAUCUCUUUACAAAGUAACCAGUUGGUUGUUCAUUCUUGUGAAAACAGCAGAGUUACAGGGAAAAAAAUGAUGUAAACAACUGAUUUUAAUUUAAGUGUCUUUUAUUUUCAUCAGUCACCUUUUAUUUUGCAAACUAUGUCACUGCCAGGCUGCAGCAGCUUUGAUCAAACACAGCUUGUAUCUUUGUGUCUAGAAAAAAAAACAAGAACCCCUGAAAAGCAGCACAGGGAUCAGAUUUCAGCCAUAUUGUUUGCAUGUGUUUGUGCAGUUUGCCCUUCAACAAGAGAAAGGUAAUGAGUUUGAUUGCAUGUAGACUUCCUCUAAUCCAAUUAAGAGCAGGACAAGAGUCCUUCACGUUAGCUUGAACUCUGAUUGUACCACAUUGGACUGAAUCCAGCACAGUAGGUACUUUUAAUACUAGGUUACUACUGUAGCUAGUAAACAUGGUGUGUUAGCAGCUUACGGUAGAGAAGAUAAACUCAGCCUGUAAUACAUUCCUUUAACUCCUGUUCUUUAGGCGUCAGAAACGGUAAUGAAAAAAAGGGGUGGGGGUGGGGGUGGGGUUAAUGAGGGUUAAUCUCUCAUAUGGUAGGAAAUGCUCCUACUAAGAAUUACUAACAAGGCAUGCUAUCGCCAGAGAAUGUGAGGGCAUCCGAAAUGCCAGCACAUACUUGAGAGCACGGCAUGUAAUGGCUUAUUAGAUGUUGUGUCACCCACUGCAAUGUCCGUGCUACAAACAGAAGCAUGUCUAGAGUUUCAUGACAUGGUUUUGCAUGUCAUUUCAUCUGCUGGUAUGACUCAGAUCUCUCUGCAGACAGCUGUUGACUUCAAAGCAUGGAUAACUUGUUCAUACUUUGCUGCCUGGCACUGUGAUUGAUUGUCCCAGGUUUGACGAUAGAAAAAUGUACCAUAAUUAAACAGCAUACGCACUCUCUGCCCCUGAAUCUAGAUAUUACAUUCACCACCAGUGUCUCUAAUAACGUAAACCCUGAAAGAAACCGUAAAAACAUAUUUUGAACCCGAUGUCAGAAUGCAUGUUGUAUUUUGAGCUGUGAGUGUUUCCUUACACUAAAUAAGACAUUCUAGCCAACCGGGAGUGUCCAAAUUAAUGACUGAACAGAACAAACUAUGAAGUCUAAAACUCUCAGGUCCACACAGAGCCCUGACCCCAACCCUGCUGAACACCUUUGGGAGAUGUCAGUUUGCUGAUUGUGAGCCCUGCAUCCAAAAUCCAUGCUUGACCUCAAAAAUAAUCUUUCGGCUUUGGCUUUAGUUCCUACAGGAACACCCAAAAAACAGUCUCAUUAUCUCUUCAGAUGCUUAGUAUGAAAUUCUAAAAAUAUGAAGCAGGACAUCAUUCAGCUCUGUGAAUGUUCCCUGAAUAGCAUUAAAAAUAGACUUGUCCAGGGAAAAGGAAAGAGGUCACAGAGAGCCACAGAGAAAAGACUCAGCUCUGUGCUGGAGUCUUUUGCCCUUUGACUUCCAAAUUCCCAAAGUCUCUGCUGCUUAAUUUGAAAGUUUUAGAGGUCAAUUGAUUUCGUUAGGUGACAGUAGCUAUUUCCCCUGUGUGUGGCAUGAAAGGCAAUCAUCUGUUAGAAACGAGGUCACAAUUAACCAAUCCGCUGCAAAUAUAUCAGGAUAGUGAAUUUGGUGCACUGAUGCUGACUCCACCCAGAUGCCCAGCAGUGUUGCCACACUGUGCAACUUUUCUUGAUAUCACACGACCUGACUUUACUGCUGUAGGGGAUGGGUGAUGGCUCUGUCCAUAACUGAUUCAGAAAAAAAUGAUUAUGUCUGUUGUUUUGGAGGCAUUUUCAUGGAAAAUAGCUGACAAUGUAAUCGGUGAGCUGAUUCAAAGAAAUGGUUAAGGACUGAUGGAUGAGAGGAAAAUGAAUUAGACAAUGAUUUAAAUCAGAAAAAAAGUUUAAUGUAUACUGAGGAAAUCUGUCAUGCCAUCUACUACUGCAUUAACAAUAUAUUUGUUAUGAGGAUGACUUCAGUAAAACGUGUGUGUGUGUGUGUGUGUGCUGCUUUUAGUAUGUACAGUGGGUUUGUGUUAUCUCAGUCUUACACAGUGCCAGCCUCCGUGUUCAUCACUCUGAGCUUAUCUCCUGUUUAUGAAAUCCUCCCUUUUUUCAUCCCUGUCACCAUUACCAGCGUGUACUGCAGACAGGGUACCCGUAAAAAAGUAAACUCUAAAAGUCUGUGGAAGACGAAUAAGCACAUCCAUCACAGAAAGUAGGAGUAAUCUUAAGAAAAGUAAAACUGUAGUUUAAUUAGAUCAUGUGUCAGAAGUUAGCAUUUCCUUUCAGACUGACAUAUUUAGGAAAUAGUUACAACAACUUUCCCAAAAGACUGUUGAGAUUGUUAUCUUCCAACAUUUUUUAUUCAAUUAUGAACUUUUUCAGCAAUUUAAAUGAUAUUGAUAUUAUCAUUUGAUGCAGAUUGAACACUGUGGAGACUUCUUGGUUCAUUUGUCAUCACAUUGACCCUAAAAAACACUGAACAUGCUUUAACUGUUACUGCCAGACUGUCCAAGUUGUGGCAGAAAGGCACUGCAUCAAUCAGCUUCUAAUUGUCAAGAAAAACCACCUUAGGUCCACUUACAGCAAUGAGCAAUUGGUUGUAGCCAGAGUGGUUCAUAUGAGUUUGUAUCUUUCUUAUAUUUAAAAUGCUGCUGUGGCUUUAUAGACUGUACCAACCUUAAACACACCAGCAGAGGGAGGGCUCAACACUGCCCCUGUUCACCACCUCAAAAAAACAUGAUCAAUAUGUUGUUUCAAGAGAACAGCAUACAAGAUCACACUGGGGUGGGCUUGCUGCAUAAUCAGGAGAAUCAGCUUUGCAAAUGUCUGAUAAAGAAGAAAAUGCAUUGUUCCCCGUUGAAGACAAAAUAUAUCCAUUUCCCUUAAUCGACACUCCAGUUUAAUGUCACUUCCAUUUGUCUGUAAGUGAACUUGAUUUAAUACAAAAAUUCACCAGAACAAAUCAUAAUAAUAUAAAACAAACUCAGUGUUGGUGGAGGGCGGAAAAAAAAACUGCAGGGAAACAGGCGUACCUGGGCCGUUGGGGUACUAAAGAUAUGACAGGAAUGUGAGGAAUGGAGUUUCAUUUCAGGAGGAGUGUGUUUGUGCAGAUGACUCAGCCAAAAAACAGACAAAGUUUAUUGAGUGAGUGGAGACAGCUUUAAUUUAAAGCAGCAGGUGGGCGUGUGUGAGUUUCGUGUCGGGAAAGCUGUGUUCAAACCCAGAGGCUAACAAGAGUUAUCAAUGAAAUUCCCCCAUCAGCUGACACAUAGACACACUACCUACAAACAUGUUCCAGCGGCUUCAGUCGAUUCAGAAAUUCAACUUAGAUAUAACUUACAGUGUUAUGAUUAUCCCUUUUAAAAACAAUAUGAGGGCAAACAUAUGGCCAAAUAAAGAAAACAAGUCAUCAGAUUGUGUUUGUGGUGAAAACAAGCACUUUUAAUGGAAACCCUUUGAUCAUAACUUGGGAUUAAUUUAUUGCAGUUAAAUCAAUUUGAGGGAAUUUAAAAAAUGAUCCUUCACUCAACUAGACCCCAAAAUUUGUAAAGGAAAAAUGUCAAGAGAAAGGAAGGCCAGGGUUAAACAUUCCUCUCCAAGUGUUCAUCACUGGCCUUUUAGCCUUGCCAAGAUUAGAGGUCUGAUUACACGGGGUGAAAAGCAUUUUUAAUGAUUAAGAAUUACAUCAUUACAGGAGUCACCCAAAGAAAAGUUUAAAAAAAUGUUUCCAAGGAAAAUGUAAUGAAAGUUUCCAAAGAAAGGCCUUGUCUCACUGAAAAUGCCUGAAUAAUUAAGUUAAUAGUGAGUUUUUUUAAACUGCCAUUUGGUGAAAUUCAGUCUUACCCUGAAGCUGCUCUGUUGACUUAAAAGCCCCUUUUUUGACUGACAGAUUUUUGACAGCUGGCAUUUAGGUUACACUUUUUUACUCUCAUCUAUCACGUAGGUCUGCUUAAAAAUGAACUGAUGUUUAGAUACUGUAGACACUCUUUAACAUUGUUUGAAAUCCAUUCUUUGUAGCUUUAGCCUGACAUUUGGGCUCAGUGAUACACUCAGAACAGCAUACACUCAGAACAAAACAUGUAUUCCUCAUGUCAAAGUGUUUACCCCAAACUUUCCAUUUCAUUUUGUUGCAUUUUUCAUUUAUUCUACCAAAACUAGAGUAUGCUGAAAACAAACUACUGCCACUAUCAGCACUCCUGGAAGAAAUGGUUUCUCAUGUAGUGGUAAUUCAGUUUAACCAAAUUUAGUAUCAAACACCUGCCUAACCCUCACAGUUUUUCAGCAUUUUUAGCACCCUUAUAAACCCAUUAUGGCUCCCAAACUAUGUAAGAUAGGUUCUAUUAAAUAUGAUAUUUAAUAAGAGUAAACUGAUAUUUUUUGGGCCCAUAUUGGGCAUUUAGCUGGUUAUCUGUAUCAGCCGUUAAUUUUUCAGAUAGCGGCUAAAAUUGAUUAUUUAAGUAGUGUUCUAGUUUGGUGGUGGUGGUACACACGUGGACAAAAUUGUUGGUACCCCUCAGUUAAAGAAGGAAAAACCCACAAUUCUCACUGAAAUCACUUGAAACCUACAAAAGUAACAAUAAAUAAAAAUUUAUUGAAAAUUAAAUAAUCAAAAUCAGCCAUUACGUUUGAAAUGUUGAUUAACAUAAUUAUUUAAAAAAAACAAACUAAUGAAAUAGGGCUGGACAAAAAUGAUGGUACCUCUAUAAAAGAUUGAAAACUAUUUGACCAGAGUGACAUGAUUAACUCAGGUGUGUCCUUUAAUUGACAUCACAGGUGUUUCCAAACUCAUAAUCAGUCAGUCUGCCUAUUUAAAGGGAGACAAGUAGUCACUCUGCUGUUUGGUGAAAAGGUGUGUACCACACUGAACAUGGACAACAGAAAGCGAAGGAGAGAAUUGUCCCAGGACAUCCGAAAAAAAAUUAUAGACAAACAUCUUAAAGGUGCAGGCUAUAAGACCAUCUCCAAACAGCUUGAAGUUCCUGUGACAACAGUGGCUCAUAUUAUUCAGAAGUUCAAGACCCACGGGACAGUAGCCAACCUCCCUGGACGUGGCCGCAAGAGGAAAAUUGAUGACAGAUUGAAGAGACAGAUCGUUCGAAUUGUAUCCAAAGAGCCCAGGACAACCUCCAAAGAAAUUAAAGGUGAACUCCAAGGCCAAGGUACAUCAGUGUCAGAUCGCACCAUUCAUCGUUGUUUGAGCCAAAGUGGACUUCAUGGGAGACGACCAAGGAGGACACCACUGCUGAAAAAAAAUCAUAAAAAAGCGAGACUGGAAUUUGCAAAAAUGCAUGUUGACAAGCCACAAAGCUUCUGGGAGAAUGUCCUUUGGACAGAUGAGACCAAACUGGAGCUUUUUGGUAAGGCACAUCAACUCUAUGUUCAUAGACUCAAAAACCAAGCAUACGAAGAAAAGAACACUGUCCCUACGGUGAAACAUGGAGGAGGCUCAGCAAUGUUUUGGGGCUGCUUUGCUGCAUCUGGCACAGGGUGUCUUGAAUGUGUGCAAGGUAAAAUGAAAUCUGACGACUAUCAAGGCAUUCUGGAGAGAAAUGUGCUGCCUAGUGUCAGAAAGCUUGGUCUCAGUCGCAGGUCAUGGGUCUUCCAACAGGACAACGAUCCAAAACACACAGCCAAAAACACCCAAGAAUGGCUGAGAGAAAAGCGUUGGACUAUUCUAAAGUGGCCUUCCAUGAGCCCAGAUCUGAAUCCCAUUGAACAUCUGUGGAAGGAGCUGAAACAUGCCAUUUGGAGAAGACACCCAUCAAACCUGAGACAACUGGAGCAGUUUGCUCAUGAGGAGUGGGCCAAAAUACCUGUUGACAGCUGCAGAACGCUCAUUGACAAAUACAGAAAUUGUUUAAUUGCAGUGAUUGCCUCAAAAGGUUGUGCAACAAAAUAUUAAGUUAUGGGUACCAUCAUUUUUGUCCAGCCCUAUUUCAUUAGUUUGUUUUUUUUAAAUAAUUAUGUUAAUCAACAUUUCAAACGUAAUGGCUGAUUUUGAUUAUUUAAUUUUCAAUAAUUUUUUAUUUAUUGUUACUUUUGUAGGUUUCAAGUGAUUUCAGUGAGAAUUGUGGGUUUUUCCUUCUUUAACUGAGCGGUACCAACAAUUUUGUCCACGUGUGUAUGUGUCUUUCCCCCAAAAUCUGAGUUUAGUGUCGCUGGCUAACUUUUAACUUCUGUAUAUGAUGUUGAAAGUGUCAAGUUUUGAAUUUGGGCAAAAGGUUUUUCACGUUUACUCUCAAUGCAUAUCAGUCCUGAACAGUGAUUACUAGUCUCUAUAUAUGGCGGGCCCUGGAGAACCAAUAUCAGAGGACCCCUUAAUUAUUUUUUUUUAUAAAAACUAUUACAAAUAUUUUUUUAAAGAAAGUCUUUAAUACUUUGAUUUCAAAUUAUGCCAAAUUUCCUAACACUGGUUUGAACCUAGCAUUAUUACACUCAUUUUCUGAAGUACUAUAUAUGCGAUACACCCUUAGAGAUCUGCAUGAUAUUGAUUGUAAUGUGCUGUUGUGCAGAACAAGGCAGUCAUCACUCAAGAUGAGGGAAACAUUGGUCCACUUCUGUUUGACAGAGCCACAGUCUUGAGUAAACGUUCAGAUAGCAUAAUGAGAUACCUUUUUUGCACUUGAAGCCUCAGAGAAGCUCAUUCAGAACCUCUAUUAUGAGGCCCAAAUUAUUUUUUGUUCCUUUUUUUGUGUGUAGUAUUCAGUGUACAAGCAUGUGGUCUGCUUAAAUUGUGUCAGACUGGGUUUAAAUAGCAGCUGCUGUCCUGCUCUUUACAGAUAAACACCGAUAAACACUAUCUCUGUUGUACACAGCAGGUUGUUUUACUGAAUGGAUGUCUCUUUGUCAAUAAAUAAGGGGGCAAAGCUGGGCUCUUGGAAAAAGAUAAACAGUCAAGCUUUCAGGAAAAAGACUCAAAUAAAUAGUGACAAUUUCCAGAAAAGCUUCUGUGUACAUGAUGUUUCAGAAACCCUUUUAGUGAAUUUGUGAGAUCUGUCUUAUCCUGUAGACAGCGAUUAAAAACAAAAGUGAAAAGAGAAUCACUUAAUCCAGAAAGCUGGAUAACCUGCUGACCUGCACAUGAGUUGAGUCUCCUACAAGCUUAGCUAGUGGUACAAGGAUGGCAGAAUAGGCUUGUUUGAUACAUUUUAGAGGACACUACGCUCUGGGCUCCUUUACCUCACUCUCGCUUAUGGAGUCGAUCCACUAGUAGUUAUUUAGUGCAUGUUGGUCUGUAUAGCAGGAGUAGCAUUGACACCUCUCAACAGGAUACUUAAAGCAUCCAACUUUUUGUUUUCACAGUUUUUAGUCUUUGUAAGUGAGGAAAAGUAACUGUGUUGUAGGCCUAUGCAGAACAUGUUCAUCAUUAACUGCUCUUAUUACAACUGUACUAUUUCUGGUUUUUUAAGCAGGAAAGAGUGCAUGGAUUUUAUUUAGCAUUUGUGUCCUCUGGAGCUGUGUGCCACAUUGAAAUCAUGUGGAAACCACACCCAGGUUUGGGCGUGAACCAUCUAUCAUAAGCACGACGCUCCCAAAUUUAGCUCCUGAAGAUCACCCCAAAGCCAGACGAGAAACAAGCAGAAACUCCUGACUACUUGAUGCUGCUGCAUAACUUAAUAAACACAAGUGCUAGAAGUAAUUUACCAACUUCAAAGAAAUUUGUUUAUCCUCUAUAUGGUGGCCUCAUGAGCUCAGCCAAGUGAAAAAUCAAACACAAAAAUGUAGCAGAAAGAAAAUAGCUCCAAUACUCUGACCAGUAUGUGUGCAUUUACUCAAUUAGAAUAUUCAUCAUUGUCAGCAGCCACCUGCCGAUACUGCUACGUUGGCACAGUAAGGCGGUAUUUUGAUCUAGAAAGAGCAGAUUCAGUUUCCUCAGGCUCUGUCUCACUAAACCAGCUUAAAGUCAUUUUACCAGAACAAUGUGUAACCUGCAAGGCAUGUGGACGAUAACCUAUGAGAGGACUGAAGACUUAUGGUGCAAGCUCUGCCAACAUAAAUUACACUCCAAAUCAAUUUGACACUGUUUACCAGCAGACUCAACAAUGUUAUACUUUAAGUUUGAAUAACUCCCUCAAAAUGAGCCUUAUUGCUCAUUGUUAGCCCUCCAUUGUUUGGUCAGUUGUGAAACAGGCUAAUGCCAAGUUCAGGAGUUACUUUUAUUAAAAUUCGUCAAAUGAUUUAGAUUAAGGGGCAUAGAUUGAUUUCAAAUUGUUGUCUAGGAAACACCCAGAAGUUUUCAACCAUUUCAUGGCAUCACAUUUCCACAAAUGGAAAAAAAAUAACAGCCAAUAACGAUGGAUGAGAGUCCAAUAACUGGCAACAAACAGGCAGUAAGUGUGCAUAAAUCUGAGCCAUGUUUCUGACUUUUGAGUGUGCCCCUGAACCCUUUUAUUUGUCAGUCACAUUGACUCACACCUGCAGUGUGUUGUUGCGUUCGUUGUGUGGUGGAAUCUGACAGUGUGGCAGUUCUCAUGACCAGCAUACCCCCAGGUUAUUUCCCAUGAAUAAUGAGCUAAUGAAAAGAACUAAGAGUAUGUGCUCAUGUAUGUUCUGGAUGUGUGUAUUCGCCAUCUUUUGGCACUGGGCAAAGAAUGAUUUGGUGUGGUCAGAAACAAUAUGUUCAGCAGGGCGAAGGAGGAGCAGGAAAAGCAGUGAUGUCAUUAGGGAAGAAGAGGAGGGAGCACUGCUUUGGUUUUUCUUCCUUCCCCUCCUCCUAUGCCCACCUCCUCCCCCUCCUCUUCUUAUCAGUGUGGUGGAGAGACAGAGAGGGGAUCAGUAGGUGAGUGGACGAGGGAUUACCAACCGUGACAGUGGAUAUGGGGGGAGAGAAAAAAGGAAAUAGCCCAGGAUAGAGAAAAAAAGCGUGAAGCGGCUGUCAAACAGAGUGAGCGAGUGAAAAGUUAGAGAUCAGAAAGGACCGAGAGACAACUCAGAGGAAGGACUAAGAGUUUGUUUUCCUGUAUUUGGAAGGACUCAUCUCAAAAGGAAAAGGCUUGACCACGACAGCUACCAUGUACAGUGGAUAUGGAGGUAUGAACUCAAUGAGAGGAGCUGCUCUCUAAUCAUUAACACUCUGUUUGACAGGAUCACUUCCAGUUGCUGGUUAACAGGUUUGUUACUUAUUCUGAGCUAUUGGCUGUAAAGUUCAACCAAAAUACCAAGAAAGAGCAAAACAAAACCUUCAGGAACAUACAGUCAAUGUCAGCCAUGAAAAACUUCAACUCCAUAUUUAUGUGGUUAAUUGCUCUUAAUGCUCUUGAAUUAAGUGUUCUUCCCCCUUCUAAGGCUAUUAACAAGAAGAAAAAGCAUUUCAAUUCCAUAGCAACCAACUACCCCCGACAACACUUUCUAUUUGCUUUGUGUAACUUCUUGGCUCAUGUUGUACAGAUUUCAGGGACCUAAGGUUCACUGAGUAACAGUGAACCUCUGUACUUCUCAUUUUGGUUGCCCUGUUUUUAUCCAACAACAGGGAACAUGGUUAUGUGAAAUAUCAUCCUGAUCGGGGGAGACAGUCCUGAGGAAAAGCUGAAGGGUCUUGUCUCUAUUUUGCAUAAUUACCUCACUUAUGACUUGGUGACCAACUAUCAAGUUAAGACAGAGAAGUGAUGAAGGGUGAUAGUUGGUGAUGCUUCCAUAGCAGCAGUGCCCAUGUCAGCCUUGUUGGGGGUAAAUGUUUGAGACUGAAAAUUAGACUACUCUUAUUGAACUUAAUAUCUCAGUCAGUUGUAGUUUUUCAUUAGUGUUCUCAACAGCUGCAGAAAAUAACAGCAGCAUCUGAAAAGGUGUGUCGAGGCUGUUUUCUUCAAUUUGGAUGAUGUUUAUUUCAUUCAGCUCCUUUUAACAUCCCUCUUUAGGUCCUGCAUGUGUUUUUUCUUCUCUUCAUUUGUCUGCUGGUGGCUGGUCAGCUGAUACCCAUGAAUCUAAAUCUCUCCAAAUAAAUUCUGAGUAAUAUUGUUGUUCACCAAGGCAACCAGAAACAAACAUUUUUGCUGCCACAAAAUCUACAUGUAAAGGUGAAAUAAUCCUUUAAAGAUGUGUCCAAAUCCUUUUUGUGGAUUAAGUUGAUGAGGUGUGUUUGCUCUGGUUGUCCUUGGUGUCGCUCUCACUGUUCAGAAUCAAUAACUAUUGUUUGGGGUUUUGACCAAUUAGAAUCAAGUAUUUUAAUAACGCACCCUGGUGAUUAGUAAGAGAGCUGGGCAAUAGUUAAAAAGAGAAACCUUGUAUUACUUCACCUUCACACAUCAUAGUGUUAUCAUGCACUAUAUCAAGUAGAGCCAAGGGAGGCAUUAACUUGUCUUUCUUGUUUUUGUUAAUCUAGAAAUGGUUUUUAAAAGUCUCAGAAGUCCAAUUUAGUAACCUUUAUUGUGUUGAAUGCAGAAAUGUAUGGUAAUAUUAAAAAAUAAUUGCUGUAGCAGUCCUAACAUGUGACUGGCAAAAACAUCGCCACUAAUAUGUGCCAAUGUGCCCCAUUUGAUAGGUGGGGCACACUUGCCCCCUUAGGGUCAGGGUUAGUGACUGUUGGGGCUAAACAAAUCCAAAACAUCCUGAACCUGUUUAUCAUGAAGACACCACAAUAAGUAAAAUGGUGCUGAGUCUGAAAGUAACAGAAUUCCCCUUUAUAACUCUCCUAAACCAAGCUGAGGCACUGAAGCGCUGUCAGUGUUCGAAACAAAGAAGGGUAGAGGUCAGGUUAAAAAUUGUUAGAGUGUGCAUAUGUGUGUGCCUAAUGUGAUUAAUGGACAUACGUAUAUGCUGAGGCUGCCAUUACACAUGGAAGAAGUGCUGAAUGUCCAAAACGGAAAAUAAAAAAUGAACUUGAAAAAAGGAAGUGUGUUACUCAGACCUGGCUCUGACGGUCUGAGUUUUUACAUGAGCUGUUUGUUAAACUCUCACUGUUACGAGCCGUCUGUUUUUUAAACUGUUGGUUUUGUAAGUCAGGUUGUAUCUGAAACAACAAGAAUGUCUCAAGGCUUCAGCCAUGUAUGCAUAGUUUGUUGGGAAGCACAUGUUGGUCUCUAUAAACAGGAAGUUACUGCAUCAACUAAAGCACAACAUAACUUCUAGAUACAGUAAUUUAAAGGAACAUUUCACUCAGUUUUUUGUCGUACAUGCAUGGCAUUGCUGCAUUAAGGUCUGCAUUCAGAGCAUGAAUUGCAUGAUUUUGACUUGUAUAGUUAAAAGUCAGUUUAUCUUCUCAGGUAUCUUUAUGUCAUUAUGAUAAAGCAGAUAUGCACUGUGUCAAAUUCUGAGGAAUUUACAUGUUUCAAAUAAAAACUCCUGAUAUUAUUUUUGGUAUCCUUGUAGGCAUGCAGUAUCUGUAUUCAAUAAUAAUAAGAGGAACUUUGUUGACCCCCAAAGGGAAAUGUACUUUAAUCUAUAAACUGGGGUUAUUGGAUAUUCAUCAUAUUGAGAGCGCUUGUUGCUUCAAAUCAUAUUUUCCUCCGUGCAAAAUGGGGACAAAAAGCCCAGAAUCACCUUCUACUGAUUUCAUCUUAGAGUAUGAAAUUUCUCUGACUUUGAAGUUGCUGCAUCUACUUUUCUUUGUCCAUUUUUCAUUAUAUUCUGCUACAGAGUACACACCCGGUAGCUCAUGCCAUUGAAGCUCAACAUGAGCAAUGGGAUGUUGACAGGUCAGUGCAAACUUAAACUUGUUUAUUGUAACAGUGAAAGUGUUAGCCUUUUCUUACUUAUUACACAGAAAUUCAAAAUGCUGUGCAGUCCCACACAAAGCUGGAGACCUGGGCAGCUGAGUUAUAUGUAGGACUUGUCAGUACUAAGUGUAUUAAGGACAGCAGAUCCGGGUCAGCUCAGCCCCUUUGCUGGGGAAUCAGCUGGAGAAGCGAUAUGGGAGCCAGGCUAUCAGCUACAGCAGUUGGAAUCAACACUGCCAUGAAAUUUAACAAAUUUUACAAAACCCGAACUCUAAUUUCAGUGUAAGCUUUGCUGUGUUUAGACCAUUUUCAGUAUCUGACUGGGUGGAAAUAAUGCCACUGGUGUUUGAAGAACAUCCACAACCACACUCAGUUCUUGAGAACACAGGAUUGACACAUAUAAGCGGUGACUAAGCUGGAACUUUUUUUUUUUUUGUUGAGAUUGCAUUUGUUUUUUGUACUGUAAAGUGAAUCAAACCUUCAAAACCACAUUGAGCUGUGAUUUGGUGCACAGUUUGGUGUGUGAUGUUAAAGCUAUUCAACUGCAAUAGGUAAAUUGAUUGAAUCAAUUCACAGAUAGAGCUGGAAUAAUAAUAAAUAUAUCAUCGUUGAAACCAGCUUUUCUCUUGGAAAUCCCAGGUUUGAAUUGGAUUUAGCAGCUUUUUCUUGUAAAUGCCCAAAAGUUACUACGCAAUUCCUCAUAAUCUAUUAGAAAAUUUAUCCACUUUGUUGUGAAUGUUUUUAGUCUCCCCUUCUUCACCCUAUGCCCUCAGGACUGCUACACCCUGCCUUCACUCUACACAGUUUUUUUGGCUCAGAAAUGAGAUGAGUUCUGUUCACGGAGCUGUGACAGUGUAUUGAUCAAAACUCGUAUGAGUACAAGGGCUGCAUGGUGGUGCAGUGGUUUGUAAUGUGGCCUUACAGCAAGGUUUCUGGUUUUAUUUCCUGUCCAAGGUUAUUUCUCCGUGGAGUUAACAUGCUCUCUCGUGCAUUAGAGGGUUUCAUCUGGGAACAGUCUAAAGAUAUGCUACUUCGGGUGAAUGAAGAAGACUCCUAAAUUGCCUGUAGGUGACCGUGUGAGUGUGACUAUGAAUGGCUCAGCUGGAAACCUGGCUGCAGACCUCUGCAUCCCUGUACAGAAAAAGUGAUACCUGUAUGACUUGAUGGAAAUGAGUCCCAAAGUUUGGGAAAAUGUUGGUGAUUGCUUUAUCGUUUUGUGGCCUCAGGCGGUUGGGCCUUUCUGACAGUGAGCUGUAAUGUCUUUUAUCGGUGGACCAUCAAAUUGAGCUCAGGGUCUACUAAGUCGUGGUCGAAGUUGCAUAACUGACACGUGAUAAUGCUGUCAAUGGUGGAGAUUAAUCACAAACAUCUAGACUGUAUUAUGACACAACAAUAACACAAUUUCACCCACACUGCAGCAGCCUUUUCAACCUGACAAUAGCAUCAGCAUCCUUUUCCUGAAGUGAGCAGGGGCAGGGCUGUACAGUAAAACUGAGGGUUAUUCCUGUGACUCAAUUCGGCCAUCAUUUGCUGGAGUCUUUUCCUGACCCUGCCCUCCCAGCAGGAUGUGACUCUGUGCUGGGUUUUCUUGUCCUAAAGGAGUCACAUGAAGGUGGGGUUGAUGGUGGGCCUAAAGUGAAACUGUAUUUUCCUCACAGGACACUGAGGUCUGUAAUUGUAAACGGUUCAUAUCAGAUGAAGCAUCUAUGAUGAUACAAAGAGUCAUUCGUGCAUCCACAUGGGACAUUAAGCAAAUUAAUUUACUGUUGGUCAUAUCUCUGAGAGUUACAGGAAAAGAUGAAUGUCCUGGGCUUAAGCGUAAGCUUAAAAAUCGAAAUCCUUCAAUUUAAUUGGAUAAUUUCCUCUACUUUAUCUACUAAGCUGAACUUGCUUUAUUUAUCAUGGAAAAGUAAAUCCCCCCCGUUGCACAUACUGCAAAUAUUUUGUCACAGCUCAAAUUCAAAGGCUGGAUUGUUACCUGAGUCUGGUGUGAAACAUUUUUCGGAUGUCUUUAUUUGUUGCACUUUUCAAAAUCUUUAAUACGUCAAAUAUUGUUAAAAUUCUGACUCAACUUAUGUUCAUAAAUGAAACAGAAAAAAAACAACUGUUAGCUAAGGCCUUUCCAACUCACACAGAGUGUGUUCAACUUGGUAACUUGGACUGUUAAGGUAGCAGCUCCACUGAGCUGAGCAGUUUCAUUAUUAUUCUUGACUCAAGUGUGUUUUCCCCUCAUUCAUGCUGUGUGUGUCCUUGGACUUUGCCGGACUUUCUGGGUUUGACAUUCCUUACAUGACGGAGAAACACACACCCAGUUUCCCAAGGGUGCAUAAACACACAGAAGAACAUCCACCAAAUGUGAUUUUGAUGAAGAGAUCAGCUGCAGUUAGUCAUAACAAGUUUGCUGCUAAUACAGCCUGGACAGUAGUGACCCAGAGCUGCUCAUCAGCUGGUCAUGCUUGGUGUAAAUCCUGGCAAUUUUUUUUCUUUUUAUGUUCAUAGUUUUGGGAAAAAAACAAUCCAGAGUUUAACCAAACAGUGCAAGCAGAUGGACUCAGUGGCUUAAGUUUGUUAAAAUGAAGGAUUCUGGGAGGUAUUAACUAACAUAUAAUUUCACUUUUCUCUACCGUAUGUGUGACACUUUUUGUCACAGGUCAGAGCACUUAAAGAAACAAUGAGAGAGGUUUUACUUGGUGGUGGAGGUGCUUUCCCUUGUGCCUUUCUGUAUUUUCACAGGAAUGCUCCUCCACUCUACUCUACGCAUCCUCUUUUAGCUACAUGGAAAUUAUUCCUGGGACAUACAAUCGGGCUGGGUAAUAUGGCCUCAAAUCAAUAUCACAAUAUAUUAAGCAGUUCACCUCGAUAACAAUAAAUGGACGAUAACUUCUCCACAAACUGCUCACCACCACCCACAUUAACUUUGUCUACUUCAGCUGCCGCUCCAGCCACUACAACUUUUGAACCGUCCUCCAUCUCCUCACCUGUCUUUCCCUUUUUGUUUUGGACUGGAUGAGGUGGAGUCACGUCUACAACAUAGGACAGCAUCUUAAAGGGAAAUGAGACCAUAGCCUACCUACACACAUCCAAAGCCAACUCUUAUUAAUUUUUUUGACACCAAAUAUAUUGACAUGGGCAAAAUGACGUUGGCUAUUGUCGUAAAUUUCGGUAUUGGUAAAUUUUCGGUUUAUCGCCCAGCCCUAGGUUAUUCUAUUGAUAGCUCAAAUGAUCUAUACUGUAAUUUGAAAGUCGUAGUUAAGAACAAAUUUGUAGAAUCAAUACAAAAAGUUUCUAUAUGGGAGAGCUGCUCGUGGCUUAGCUUCAGGACUUUCCUCAUAUGUGAAGGUGAUGGAGUGUCAAGUGUGUGUGGAGACAGGCGGCUGAAGUGUUUCUGUGCACUGAGUGUGUGCUGCACUGUUAACUUCACCAGAACAUAAAGUCACACUUGACUACAGUAAUUAGAGUUUAUUUGUGAAGCACUUUUCAUUCAACAAUAAUGUUACACAAAGUUCUGUACAUAGAAUAAUAAUCAUAACAUACGAUUAUACAGAAGCAAAACAGGAUUUUAUAGCACCACAUCCACCUAGCUACAUAAACAGUUAUUGGUUGUAAAUGAUUGAUCAGAUGAUCAGAUGUCUAUUAUGAUCAGUCGCUCACAGUGGAAGUGAACCUGUAUGAUUAGGGAAAGGUUUCACUUUAGACAGGGGUUUGAAAUGUCAUGGGUUAUUGUAUGGGGACCAUGAAUACACAGAACAGUUUCAUAACAGUCUGGCUUGUAUGAGAUAAGAUAUCCUCUGCUGACUAAGUAACAUCGCCAUCCGCAGGUCAUCCCACGAGCAGAGGAAAAACAGUGGAAGGGAAACAUGGACAAAGUUGUGAGUUUGUGUGUAUCUGUGUGUGAGUGUGUGUUUGGGUCCCAGGCCGAGUUUUUCCAGAAUGGUCUGGGAGAGAGAGACCAGAGAGCAUUAAACAAUAGGCAGGGUGUCACACACUGGCUCACCACAGAGGCGUGUGGACGGUUGUGUGUUUAAAGGUGUGUGUUUUUGUAUGUGUGGCGCAGAGCCACAGUCCCUCAGUGAUUAUAUGAGAGCAUCAAUAGCAGGGGAGAUGGUGUGACUGGGAUUUGUUGUUGUCAUUGGGCCGGACUGGACCACUGUUUGGAUCAGGUAGGGAACACCGAAACACAGCACAGUCAGAUGGACAUUUUCAGUUUGAUGAAUUUGACUGACCUCUGGAUGAGCUAGUUAGAGUGAAGUGGAUCUUUCAGCAUAAUGUAAAGCAGGCUGAUCAGAUCCUUAACUUUAACUCAAAGGCUGGUUACACGUUGGAGGUGAAAUUGAGGUGUGACAGAGGGAGAAAUGUGCGGACUACCCCUGGCCUGUCUGAACACAGAUUGUGAUAGGGACACGGAGCGCCAUCAAGGUUGGUGUCUGGUUCUUGUUGGAUUUAAAGGCAAAAUGAUGCUAAAAAUCACACUAUUAUUGUAGGUCAGAAAAUGUUGAACACAGCAGGAAAUACAAGAGUUACAGCGGUUUACAGUCUUGUUAUGUAUUCAAAAGGAUGUGAUAUAGAAAUCGUUUUUUACUAUCAUUAUCUUGUUGACUAAAGUGACCAAAUAUUGGCAUAAAGUAAAAUGUAUAAUGUUGUCUUUUCAUACGUCACCGAGACAAGUGCAGAGUGCACUGGCCGAACACUUGGGCUGGUUUUACUGAGGCUUUCACAGACUAAGAGAAAAACACAUUUUUGUGCUUAUUUACUCACCCAAAACCCAUUGGGGAAUCUAUUGGGUUUGUUUGAAACAAUCUGCGAGUAUUAACCUGUCAGGAUACACCAGAAAAUUGAACACCGUUGUGUAUGGUUUCCAACAUCACGGAGAAAGCUCUGUUCAUUUCUCUGCCUCCCCUAGGAUUAACUCGACUGCUGCUUCCAGCAACUUGAGGCUGACGAUUGCCCAAGUAGAUGACCUGUUAGUCGGGUCACGUAGAGCUCAGCUAGGGUUGGUGCCAGGGUUCCUCAGCUAGAAAAUAAUUACUUGCUGCCUGUUUCAGUUGCUCUUAGCGAUACACCCUAUUGCUAUAGUUUUGAUGAUGAGAAGACGGGCAAUUCGAUCAGGUAUGUUCUUUUAUCUUAAAUCCUAAAGAGCACGGUUUGACUUAAGCCAAGAUAACAGAGAAACACUUCUAAAAUCAACAAUAUCAUUGCUAUUGGCAAUGAUAGUUUGGGAUGUUUUGAAGAUAUCAGUUUAUCUAUUUAGUCUUUAGGUAAGAAAACAGAAAACAGUCACAUUAAGCACAUUUAUCUUGCUGGGUUUAACUUUGGUUCACAGAGUGUGCUGCAGCAUCGAACUGGAAGGCCAGGUGUGACUAACAUUAGCACAGCUAGCAACUCCAGCCUUCGGCCUUUUUUGCAGGUUGCAUCAGUCACACAUUGCUCUGGUUAAAUAUUUAUAUACCAGCUUAAGGAGAUACCGUCCACAUCCAACUUCAUCCCCAUCUGCUGAAUCAAAAUACUGACAGCUGAUGUGCCAUUUGUCAUUUUGGCUUGACAUCAAAAAAGAAGAGCUUUAUAGUAGCACAACAGCCGCCAAAUACCCAAAGCUACAGCCAUUGCUAUUAGCAGGUGACUACACUACAGCGCAGACAACUUAUGAGCAUCAUUUCAGGCCUGUAAUGAUAAAAAAAUAUAUAUUUGCAGUUUCUUUAACCUGCAAGUAAUUCUACUGGUUCUAACAAAGGACUAACAUACAAAUUUAAGUCAAUCAAACUCUGCAAAGUAGCCGGUCUUCUUCUUCUUUCCCUUUUUCAAUUUCCAAGUAAACUCCAUUCGUCUCCUUUGGGAUGAUUUUUGUGUAUUUUUGUCACAUUUGGGGGCAGAUAACGUCUUUAGCGUGGUAUGAUAUUGAAUAGUUUCAUGAUGGUAUGGAUGUUAUGUCAUUUCACCAUCUAACUGUUUGUGCAUUAGUUCAUCAAGCUUUGUAGGAAUAUGUAGAAAAUAAGGAAAAAAAUAGAAAAUAAGGCUCCCAGGUCGACUGUGAUGUGAUAAUUUGGUGCUUGAAUCCAUUAUUUGGAAAGUAUCGCUGACGUAUCUUUGUUGGUGUUGAUGUUUAGAGGAGACCGUUCAACUCAUGGAUAUAAGAUAAAAGAGUUCAAUGGAGACCUAUUAUUUAGCAGAAACUGUGGACUGUAACCAGGUUUAGGCUUCAUAGUGACCACUUACUAUCUACAUGUAUCCAUGGAGAUGGCAGACUGCUUUGACAACACAACAGGAGGAUUUAUCAGGAACUUAAAUAGGAAGGUGCUUGAAUGUGAUGGACACUGUUAGCAAACUUUUCCACCUUCUGUCUUUGUCCGCUCUGCCCGUCUGGCAGGCUCAGUUUCUCUGUCGUCUUCCUUUAUCUCUUACGGCCCGUCAGCUCCUCUGUAAUCUGUGAGAGGACUUAAACUAGGUUAAGUCAACAAAAGCCUGACCACACAGUCCCAUAGCAACACACACAUACACAUUUCUGAUGGUUUUUAGGGUUUAAAGUCAGAAGUUUUUAACACACAGUUCAUGUUAAUAGAAGCUCCUUGAAUUGUGAGAGUACAAGUUUCCAACAUUUAUGACUUAAAAGAGAGACUUGAUGGUUGUAAGUUUGUUUUUACCAGAAGAACUAAACUCAAGUUCUUUUUUCCAUCCAUUGUGCCCAAGCUGAACUCCAGCAGAACCGACCUUUUCUCCUCAGCCUGAUGACUGCAGCCCUUAGGACUAUCUCCCUUUGUUAAAUUUCCUGUCAGGAGAGGCAGUUGCUUCUAACUUCCUGUAGGAUUGUGACAUUUCCUGUGCUGUGGGAGGGGGAGUGUUUGGCAGUCUUCUCGCAAAGGUCUUUCAGCUGUUUGAAGAAACAGGAUGCAGGACACUGGAUAUUCCACAGAAGGAAAGCAUAACCUCAGCUGACAGAAUUAACCGCUGACAUAAGCCACAACAACAAAUCACAACUUCAGGCCUCAGACUUUCAUCAUCGGUUAAUAGUCAGAAUAGCAAAUAUUUUUAAAAGCUAAAUGACCCUACAGGAUCAGAGCCAUAGACUGCUGAAGUGGGCGUGGCUUGAAGGUCUGAAAAAUGAAGCUGAUGCUGAAGUGCUUCAGCUUUUACUCUUUGGAAUGGCCAACAGGAAGUGACCUUUCUGGUUGCAAAAGAAGUCCAGUUGUACCAAAAUUAUUAGAAAAUGAGCAUGCUUCUGAUUCGUCAGCUCACUAAACAUUUUUAAGUGAAAUUAUGGUCUCCGUCACAAAUGUCCUUGUUGCUUCCACUUCAGCCUGCCAGUCAGAGAGGUGAGGUGUGUGGCUUUUAACUUCAUUCAGUGUUUGAAAAAGUUUUCCUGGGUGAUACUUUCUGAGAAGCAGUUGAAAAAAACUGAGUCGUAGAGGCAGAUUUGACAAAGCGUCCCCCUAUCCUCCACGGUAAAUCCCCCCCCCCCCCCAAAUAGGAUUCACCAUGUCUGAUUGCCAGUGACUAGCAGCAGUAAACGCCAGCUCUGCUAGCGAGCACCGUCUGCAGCUACCGUGUUGACAUUGCAGACACUAAUAAGAGUUAUUUAUGUAACACGUGCCACGAUAAAAGGCUAAAACGACCUGUUCAACAAAAACUCGGCUGUCUUACCCACUCAGAGAAGGAAUGAGUCGGAACUACAGGAGAGGGGUGUGUCAAAUACAGCGAGGUGAUUGGAUGGAGAGGCGGAACAGGAGAUUGACUGAUAGGAGCUGUCCGGGAUGCAAGAUUUUUUUUUGUCCCUCCUUCGCCUCUGAUUGGCUAGAAAAACUGGAAAUGUCAUCACAUGCUCAAGCCAAACGCGGGCUGUCGGCUCUGUACAUCGAACAGAACAUUACAGAACAUUGUCGCACUUCUGAAUCUCCUAACCCUAACCCUCAUCCUAAUCCUAACCCUAACCCGACAGACCAUGACAUUUCACAGCCAUUAGGAAUAACCAAUCAGAGCCCAGCACUUCUAUCCAAUCAGUGGCGAAGGAGGGCGGGACCUUCCCCUACCAGCCUACAAAAAAAAAAAAAUUGCGUCCGGGACGGAUGGCUCCCAUUGGUCAGUGUUUUUGCAGCUCUGCACCUGCUAGGGUGAACAGAUUUUUUCCAUUCUGUUUUCUCUUCACUUUGUGGAGAUCGAGAUAUAUGACCAUGAUCACCAUAUAAACGAGGUUCAUAAUAAUUAUCAAUCUCUCCGAUCGUCAACCAUGCCUUUAAGACUCACACCAUGCAUGGCCCCUUUUGGUAUUCACUGAUGAAGCCAGACUGUAUGUUAUUGUUGGACCAUCAGGCGUUAAAAAUCUAAGCUAUUUUUCCCCACUGCAUCUAAUCUGUCAGUCAAAAUACAAGCGAUGCAUUCCUGUUACAGGCUGAUUUAGAGGGUGUGGGAAAGCAGUGUUAAUUCUGUCACUCAUCUGCAACAAGUGUGCUGUGUGGGUCUCACUACUCUCAUGCUGCCUUCUCAUUUUCAUAGGUAAUUUUUUUCCCCUGAUACAUGUUGGUGACAAAGCCAAACCCAGUUACCCCCAUUUCUCCUAGUUUGGCAAUAUAACCAUAGUUGUCAAGAGAGAUUUUUGUCUCAUGAAUUAAAGUAAGGAUGAGUCUUUUGUAUCAAUAUUAAUUGAUUGUUCUUAUUGUAACAUAGAGAAGUGACAGUAAAAAUCUCUUUGUCUCAAAAUCUGCUUUUGAGAACUUACUUCUGAGUUACUUUUUCACCAAACAGUCAUUAAAAUUGCUAGAUAGGGCACGCAGAAACUACUGAUAAGCAUUUUCUCACCCGCAUUACUCCGCUUGACCUUGUGUUAACCAGGGAGAUACACAGUCAGAUAUGCAGGGAUGUUUCUCAUGUCCUGUUCAGUACUGAUCUGUUGUGAUAGAACUGAAAUGGGAAGGAUCAUUUAGGGGACAUUUAGUGAUAAGUUCUAUCAUAAGAUUACAUGAAUACACAGUAGUUUUUGCCAGUGUUUGCAGAUACCAGGCUGGAGAGAGAGUCCUGUAUCUUUGGAUGUGAAUGACGGGAAAUGCGGCUGAUCUGUUCAGUCUGUUGAUAGUUUUGUUCUUGUUUUCUUUGCAGGGGGUCCAUCCCGAACUCUUUCCACCAUGUCGCUGUCUGUUCGUCCAGCAAGGCGUCCCAACUCCAAAUCCAUCACUAGGAGCCAGAGCUUCACUGGAGUCAACACUUACGACAAGCCCUACAGGUAUGCCCACUCAAACCAGUGCUAUAGCCGGGUCGUCAAAUCUUGAGUCCGAGUGUUUGAGUCUGAGCUGAGUCUUAACCACAAGAAAGGAACAUGAGUUUAGUGUGAGUGUAAAUACUUUUGUCCAAGUUCAAGUCCAGAGCUCGUUUUAGACAAUAUUGUAUCUAGGAAGGCUCAAAAGACUGAUCUUUUAACUGACUUUGAUUUAUUACUAUGAUAUUCUUAGGGCUUGAUAUAUUAAACAUGAACACAGACAGUAAAGCAGUUUAUCAAUAAACAAGUAGCAGCAGCCCUCCUCUCUAUCUUCUGAAUCUUAAAGGAGAUAGUGUUGUGUACAAAUCCUAGUCAACACUGCUUGAGUGGAAAAUGAAAACAUCAAAACUAAAACACUGACUCUAAACACACACACACACACACACACACACACACACACACACACACACACACGCAUGUAAAUCCUAUGGGGAAUUUAACAGGACAUCCUGUCAGGUGGAGCUCCAUAGACAGACAGUCUGACUGUGAGUGUUUCAUCACACAGUAAAACAAGACAAUACAGAUUAUUCUGACUCAACCUUUUCAGAUAGAAGAUUUUGACUACUAUUUUUUUUAUACAUGUAUUCCCAUUUUUUCAGAUUAUUCAUCUUCAUCUGUGUUUUAGAAUCGAGUAUGAAUAGUUUUCCUGUUGUAUUGCUGAGUAUGUUUUAAAGAUGUGGUUUAUUGUUUCACAAUGAGAUCAAAGCUGAGCACGUGUUUAUUUAAGCCCCCUGCUUCCCACUGUGAAUUCUUAGAAAGAUGUUGGACAUUGUACUUUGUCAGACACUUUAUUGAUUUAAAUUAUGAUUGCAUCAAAUCUUUUUUAUGUUCUUACUCAUUUUCCAAUCUUGCACCAUUUCUUUCUUAUACUUUCUUUUUUGUGACUUCCCAGCAUUGUUUGAUGAUUGUAAGAGAUCUGCUCUUUUUAUGGAGUGCAACAAAACACACAAUGGUUUAUAGAGAAAUAAAAUGUGAUAAUGAUAACAACAUAAAAUGAUAAAAGUGAUGUCAGAUUUCAGUCAGGUUUUUAUGGGAUGUUUCAGGAGCCUCUCGGUGUUCAGCACCCCAGGCCUGAGCAGGAAACCCAGCAGAGCCAGCAGGAUGUUCACUACGUCAAACAAGUCUAACCCACCACCCAAAGUUCCUCAGCCGGAGCGACUAGACCUGGUCUACGAGGCAUUAAAGAAAGGCCUUCAGUGAGUACACACCCACCACUAUGCAGACACCAAGCUUUAGCAACUCCAACAUGUCAGUGCUUUAAAUGAAGCAAAGCGUGCUUUUACUCCCCCAAUUUUCUUUUAAGCAUGUGCAUCAUGUGAGCAGGAACAGUGAAUCAUUGGUAUUGCUUUUUAACUUUCUACACUCGAUAAAAAGUGCCAUAAAAAUGCUAGUUAUUUCGACAUACUGUACAUUCAGGAGCCAGAGAGGCAUGAAACAUAAGAUUGAAGUGGCAGACGGGCUUUAUACUUAGUUUUCUCCUUGUUUAUCCAAGAUUGUCCAGACUUGCUGGUAUGUGUUACCUUGAACUUACUCUCCAGCAAAUACACACAAGUGAGUGUCAUGUAAUGCCAUGGAUAAUGUGUUUUAGGUGCCAUCAUGAAUCACUAAGGAAAACUGUUAAAUGGUGAUGACAGGAGAGGGCACUGGCAGCUGGAAGGAAGUCUACAUCAAGUAGUUAAAUUUAGAAAUGUAUAUUCAAGUGUACCAGCCCACUUAGAGAACGAGAGGGAGGGGGAGAGAGACAGAGAGAGACAGAGAGAGAGAGUACAGCAAAGAAACAACACAUUUGACUUAACCACAAUUAAAGAUAACCAGAUUAACCAUAAGAAAAAAUGUAAGAGUAGCAAGUAAUUGACAGACUUGUGGCCAAAAAUGUGGUUUUCUGUCUCUAUUACUCUGAGCAGACAGUUAAAGGUGGUCAGGUGGUGCAGAGGAGAGAGAUUGGAUCAUUUUUUUUCAAACUAUAACCCGAUUUGCCCGAUUGGGUUCUAUGAGGUGAAUAUUUAACUAGAGUUUUCAACAGAGUCACAGUGUGGAUGGGUGUGAUUUUAAAAAAGAAUGUAGGGAUGGCUAUCACAAAAAGGUUGCCCGUAUAUAAUAUAAAAAUACUGAACUAAUAGAUUAACGUUUGUUUUCUAAGGUCAUACCUGCAGGUUUACCAAACAGACUUGGAUGGCCUCAGCAGACAGAUGAAAGAAUCAAAAAGAAACUCCAGACUGGUAUGUUUUGGUUCUUGUUUUUUUUUUUAAAAAGAAAAAAAGAAAACUACUAUUCCUGUCAGCAUCCCCAUCAGGACUGUGCAGUGGAAACAAAUCUACUUUGACAUUAUUCUUCAUUCUAAUAUCAUAGGGAGAUAUGAUCAUUUUUGCAUUGCAGUUUUCAUUUCAGUGAAUAAUGAUUAAAAUCUGUAAGAGAGUUCCUGCUUUAAAUGCUGUUCAGCCAUAUUUAACUGUAUUUUUAAUGUCUGCAUAAUCUUUAGAUAAUGAAUCUGACCACACUUGGUUGAGCUGGAAUUUUCGCCAUAUUUUGAUCGAUGGUACUCCAGCUCUACUUUUGAAACUUUACUCCAUUAUUAUAAUGUGAUGAUGAUACAUUCUUUGCAGUGUUUUUGGUUUGGAAAUUCAAAACAAAGUUUUUCUUUUUGAAAUCAAGAUUGUAAGUCACAUUUGACUGCAACGUUCCUUCACUUAAAAAGAGAUUGCUGACUCCUUUUGUUCUCUCUCCAGGGUUUCCUGUAUGAACUGGACAAGGUGAGCCGCUGUUAAUUCUUAUAUACUGUACAUUACUGACGACUAUGUAAGAGUUGAGCAGAUUGAGAUUGCUCUGGAAUUUUGUUCGAUCAGUUGAUUGAUCUCGUAUCAAGAUAAUAUUUCUUGCUCUGUUGUUUGAUAUCACAGAAGCCUACAAAAAGCUCAUUUUCAUUGACUCUCUGUCCCGUGAAGCUCUGUGAUUUAGAUAUUUUGUUGGAAAUGUUUGAUGUAGUUUAAUAGAGAAUAAAAAAGCAUCAAAAACUCUCUGAUAUUUCUAAGUUGCAUGUCUGUAGCAAUCAAACUAAAACUGGUAAUUCAGUUUGCUUUGAGAUAUUAGACUUCAUGUCCCUGUGCUCCUUCUUACAGCAAGUAAAGGUGACUGAGAGGUACAUACGACGACUUGAAUUUCACCUCAGCAAGGUAAGAUCGCCUAUUGAUGUCAAACAUGAUCUUUUCUCAUGUCUGAGGCUUUUUGAAAAUGAAUACACAAAUCUGCCUUAAGCACUCCCCUCCCAUUUAACUCCUCACUUACAAACAAUCUUAAGGUUCUUACAUGCUUCUUUGUUUUCUCUUGUUUCUGGGACAUACUGAUGUAGAUUUUAUGAUACAAUCAUCAGGCUUCUGCUCUGAGUCUAAAUUUGAUUACCUCAGUCAGUCCAUGACUUGUAAGAAGCCCAAAACAAUGCACUUGUUUCUGUCAGUACAAUGCACUUGUUUCUGUCAGUUAGUCCACAUCAGGUUUCUGUACUUGCACUGAUUCGGCAGCCCCGCAGAGAAUUAAGAGGUGGAGUCCUUUUUGAGAAUCAGCAGAGCUGGGCUGCACAAAUGACUGUAUAGAACACAAGACAUUUUCCUCUCAUUAUCCCACACAUACCCACACAUCAACAUUCAGCCAAUGGCAUGUAUAUGAUUGACUUGAUGGAAGUCAAUAAUGGAAACAAUAACAGACAAUUAUUCGACACUGCAGGAUUGUAUAAAUAGGAAAUAACUGUAAAGAGACUUUUAUGCAUAUUCUUGAUAUUGUAUUUAAAAAGUUAUAUGUUGAGUUUAGAAAUCUGUAGACUUUGCAGGAUGACUAAAGCUGCUGGACGCCACAAUCCUGCAGACUUUUGACGUCAACAUGUACAGCAUCCAAGUUUAUGUUACAGAAUCUGCCAUAAUGACAGCAGCCCAGCUAUAGCAGUGGCAGUGUAUAUACAAUUAUAAUGCAGACAGGACUUCCUGAGUCACUGAUUGACUGGCUUCCUGUCCAGUUCCUGUCUAGUGCUAACUUAGAUUUUCUGCGUUCCACAUGCUCCGGGGCUGUUUUCUUGUUGGAUAAGAGAAGAGAGAAGAAUUAUGAAACCUUUUCUUCCUGUUUUUCCCAGAUUGAGGAGCUGUAUGAGGCCUACUGCCUGCAUAGGAGACUCAGGGAUGGAGCCAACAAGAUGGUGAAGGCGUACACUGCCUCUCAAGUCAGCAAGGAGGCCAAGGAGAGUUUAGCAGAAGCAAACAAAGGAUAUAAAGAGUACACUGAGGUAAGAGGGAUAAGACAGAGGAGAGCUGGAAUAUGGUCAUAAAUUGAUCUGGAUUAAACAGUCUCCCACAGCACUGCAGGCCCUUAAUCACAGGGAUAAGGAGGGUAUACAGAAAUGUUACUGAAGAGCACCAUAGGUUGGACCUGUUGAGUAAAAAUGAUAACAUGUAAAUGUCCCUUUUAAAACCUCCCUGCAGAACAUGUGUAUGUUGGAGAAUGAGCUGGAGAACCAGCUGGGGGAGUUUCAUAUUCGGAUGAAAGGUAAGAAUAAAACAUCACUACUGAGUUAAACCACAAUCGUUUCUUUUCUUGGAUCAGUUUUUGCCCUGUUUGCCACGCAUCAACAAGACCUGUGGGAAUACCUGGUGUAAACUCUUUAGACAGUAGAGACCAUUUUGAAGUGUUAUGUAACAUAUUUACCAUAAACCUCUGCCCUGUGGUUAAUUCAUGUGGUGUAUCCUCAGACUGCACAUGUUUUAAAAGAUCAUAACUACUUUAACUCAUGCUGCUUGGCUGAGCAGUUGUGUGGAGGAAAAUCACUAGUACCAAAUUUCCAUAAUUCAAACUCAUGUUACAUAAAUUAACUUUCAGCAAAAAUAAAAAAUAUUAUCUUACCUGGACAAAACACCCCAUUAAUUGAUAUAAAUUCAAAUUUCCCUCGCAGAUUAAUACUUAUAUUGUAAUACUAUUGUUCAUUUUAUUGAGAUCCUUUUAGGUUUUAUGUCUUACAUUUCUUAAGGCUAAUAUAAAGACCUCAGCACUAGUUUUGUUCUUCUCUCUUGGAGACUGGAAUGACGAAUAAAAUUCUUUUGAAUCCUGCUUUAAACUAAAAUGUCACACAGAGAAUUUUUCUCAAAGUUUACUCAAAUCAAGCUUACUAUAUUGUCUUCAUCCACCUGAGCCAAAUGGGAACCCUGUCAGGCAAGGUGUUAGGGACAAUCAUGCAAAUAACAAAAAAAUGACAAACCAAAUAAUAGAAUAUAUCGAAGGAGUCAAGGAGAUUUCCUGGAGGGGAAAAAGAGAUUGAGAGUUUACGUUGACAUCAUAUACCUUAAUACAGUAUGUGAAUUUAAAUGAUGUUAUUACUGGGAUGGGGUUGUAAAUUAUGAUGUCAAAGUCUGCUCAUAGAUCAGAGCUGCUAAGGUUGAAAUCCUCUGGUAAACUAAAAACCGUCCCAGCGAGAGUUCUCUGACACUGAUUGACUACAAAGCUGUCUGUUUGUCUUUCAGGUCUUGCUGGAUUUGCUAGAUUGUGUGCCGGUGACCAGUAUGAGGUAAGUAAGUGAGAAGUAGUCUGAAUGUUUGUUUGUGUGAUCCUGAGUUUAGCCUUCUUUGUUUACUGAGAGGGAAACACUCUAUGAAAGAUAAAAUAGACCAUGACAAUAAUAUGUAUAUGAAUUGACCUGCUGAGGUGUGUCUAAUGUUUUGUGUGUCUCUGUGUUCAGAUCUUUAUGCGGUACGGUCGGCAGCGUUGGAAGCUCCGUGGUAGGAUAGAGAUCAACGGCAAACAGGUGUGGGACAGCGAGGAGAUGGUUUUCCUGCCACUCAUCAGCGAGUUUCUCUGUGUGAAGGUCAGACCCCUCACACUUCUGCCCCAUGGUUCAGUGGUGAUAAAGUCAUUGUUACCUCUGGUGAAGAAGCGUAACAGUGUUUGAUCAAACCAUUUCUGUGUUCUUGUAGGUGACAGAGCUGAAGAGCUUAGCCAAUCACGUGGUUGUAGGAAGUGUUUCCUGUGAGACCAAGGACCUGUUUGCUGCACUGCCACAGACGGUCGCCGUGGACAUCAAUGACCUCGGGACUAUUAAGCUGAGUCUGGAGGUCACCUGGAAGUAAGUAAUGAAAAAACACUCUCAUAAGGCUGUGGGGUUUGUCAAGAAUGUGAAGAAAGUUAAUUUAUACAUUGAAAAUGUCAGGUCAUGGUUAUCAAAGACUUGAUCCAAAGGGGGAACUGGACUUAGUUCAAGUUCUUCAAGAACUCAAGCCUUUGGUAUUCAAAAGUGCAGCAUUUUUAGUCUUACUUGUCACUGAUUGAUGGCUCUACUUAAACUGAGCUUCAUCAUAUUCAGAAUAUCUUAAUAACUUUCAUACAAUAUGUUCCUUUUUAUUAUUAAACAGUUUUCAUCAGCUUUUUAGAAUAACCUGAGUUCAUUUUCAAUAUCUCUUUCUUUCCUCUUGUUCCAUGUUUCCCACUUUUUUUUUUUUACAACAAGUUAAAAAGUCUUUUUAUUGAUUAAGAGAGAGUGUGGUUGAUGUGUAAGCUAAUGACAACAGACUGACCAGUUGUCACUCAGAUUUCACCUGUCUGGUAAUCAAUAAGGUCAAUCCAUAUCAAGUGUAGUCAUUCAAAGUUUUAUUGACAUAUAUUUUAUUGCACUCAGAUAUUUUUCUAAUCUUUAUAACCCCUCGAUUAUCACCUUGCACUGUAGUCACCAUGGUAUUGAAAAUGAUAUUGGUCUGUUAGAGCUCUGUUCUAUUUGGCGAUUUUAUCAGUAAAGUCGAUAACAUAUUGUCUUGAAAAUAAUUUAGUCUUCCUCUUCCUCUUCCUCCACUCCUCUUUCUCCCUUAUCAGUCCAUUCGAUAAAGAUGACCAGAGCUCAGUGGCCAGCACUGUCAACAAAGCUCCCAGCGUCAAUAAAAGAUUCUCAACGAUCUUCAACCAAAGUCCUCCUGACACGCCGUCCUUACGAGAACAAGCCUUCUAUGUGAGUGCUUCCGUCUUUGCUUUUUGUUUCCUUUAGGUCAAUUAAUGUUUGACUGGUUAUUUCCUGAAGACUGACAAAACUUCAACCUCUGCCAAGAGUCGCUGGCAUAGCAGCAGGAGUUCGAUGCAGAUAAUCAUUACUCUUAUAUAUAUCAAAGUGUAUAGUUAAAAGAAAUGUUUCCACCCAGCCAGGACACCUUCAAAUGAGAACUCAGUAUUAACCAUUUAUGAAUGUACAUGAAUUAAAUAAAACAUAUUUUCGUCAAAGUGUUUGCGUUGCCCCCACACAAACAGUAAUGCUGUUCAAUAGUCUAAAAGAGAAAAGGAUUUUAUUCUGUGGGCCAGCAUGGAGGAUGUGAAAGCAGUGAUAGAUGAAAUAUCUGGUAUCAGAAUGGCUGCCAUCCCGGUUACAUUUGAGUUCAGCCAAAACCCACCAGUGUAUAACUGCCCCGUUGCCUUUUGUUCCACCUGCUGCCCCUCUGGCGUGCAGUCUUUGCCUCGGAGUAUGACCAGGCGGCAACACUGGCCGCUGUUGGACAUCUUCAGGGACACACUUAGCCACAGCUGUUCCUGCAGUGACAACUCACCGGCAAGACAGCCCACUGCAGUAAGUCAUUAUGCAGAGAAGUGGAGCCCCCGCUGGUUUGUGCUGUAGCAGCAGUAGUGAUAGUGUAGAGCUUAGAAACUUAGAGCAGUCGUCUCCCUUUGUUAGUGCCUUGAGCCAUGAGAGUGGCUCUAAACUCUCUGUCUCAUUGUAUUGAUGGUUUUCUCCUGUUUGAGAGCAGGAACUACAACGUUGUAGAAAACAGUUGAUAUGUGCUUUUAUAGAAGUAACUGCAGUAACUCCAUCCAAGGAAAUACCAACACUGAACUAUGUAUCAUCAAUUAAAUAAUUUCAAUAUUGUCAAACUGUUUUAGUAAGAACUUGGUGGUAAUAAAGAAGAAAGAUCUCUUGCAACUUAAAAACCUAUAAUAAUGCUGAGUAGUGAAGUCUGGAUCCCCCCAAAACAACCUGCACCUGUUAUUUGAGCUAUAAAGCUGUCAGCUGGUGUUUUUACCCACAUAUCUUUCAUGCAAGGGAGCAAUUGUGCAACAGCCGUCAUCAACUGCUCCCCCCUCGCUAAGCACCGUUAACUUCUUGGAUCUUUUCCAUGUUGGAUUCUUAAUUUAGGCGGAACAUAAAGCUGAAUUAUUUGCAUAAUGCAGUGACCAGGUAAUGGGACCAUCUAGAGCUUCCUGAAGAUUUGUUGUAGUUACCCAUCUUAGUACCAAGCCAAACCCUUAACCUUGCUCUAACCAACCACAUCUGCCAACCUUUGCUACAAGCUGAGACCACUGGCAGAUGCCCUGGUUUGUUUGGAUUUUUUUUUUUUUUUAAUGAAAAGUCUGUUGAAGCAAAUGUAACUAAUGAGUGUUUAAUUAAAUCUCUCUAUGUUCUUAUCAAGCUCUGUUUUUCUUCAGAUAAAUGAUCAUACCCUCUCUUUUAGAACAUGCUCCGUCGUCAUGAAGAGCUGGAGAACGGGACAGCGUGGUCAAAUUCAUCAGAAUCUUCUGAUGACUCCUCCAGUCCUCAGCUGUCUGCUGGGGGGCUACGCAAUAACACACACCACAAGGUAACAUGUCAAGCACUCUAUACCUUAUUUACAUGAGGGCAGAAGCUCAAAUAACCAAACAGAGAAUAUCAUGGACACUGUGUGACGUAUCCAGCCUUUGCUAGAGACAGAUCAGAUAUUUUAACACCAGUGAUCAUAACAUUAAUAACUAGUUACAUUCAAAUCCUAUUUAGAAAUACAGUCGGGUUGGAGGGCCAAAGGACAGACUCAAAGAUUAAGUUGUAAAAAGGUGGCUUUUUGGAGGGAGGACAGUGGCUGUCUGUGUGCAUGUGGAGCUCCCGGUGGACACGUCUUCACAUAAUGGGCCUCUUGCACUUCUGCAGUCCCACAGAUAGAGACUUAAGACGGAUACUUUAUUCAUCCUGAGGGAAAUUUCAGGCAUCCAGUAGCAUACACUGUACAUGAUAUCUGACACGUUAAAAAAGAAACAACACCUGCCCUCCCACAUGUACAAGUUAAGCUUGUACUGACAAAUAAAACUAAAACUUAAAUUUAAGCAUGUAAGGCAAUAAUAAACAUAAAAUAAAUCAAGAGAUUUAACAUUAAAGUAAAUCUGUGCAGAAAUGAAGGUUGAACCUGUGCAAAUAUUAAACAAUGCCCAUACCAAAUAUAAAUUAAAUCCCAAGUGUACAAGAACCAUAAGCUGUGAAUCAGAUGCAAACUUCAGUUUCGCCAGUAUAACAUCGUCGUUGAGCUCUGUGUGUAAGUCCAUAUGUGUGCUGAUGGCAAGACUGUUGCUGUUUUUAAGAGGCUAUCUCUUCAUAUGUUGCACAAACCAAACCAGUUGAGCUCCCAGAAGGAGUGAAGACAAUGCUGUGAUUGUGACUGAAUCGUUUUUUUCUCAGCCUGUGUAUCGAUAAAGGUACUCAGGUAGUUGUAACACUGGACUUGUUCAACAGUUCAACCCUGCUGCGGUUUGAGCAGGUGGAUAUGACUUCCCACCACUCCAUUCAGUCAUCUAUUACAGGACUAAGUGCCGUGUCCUGGCAUGUAACAGGCUCACUUUGAUGGUGUCAUGUGAACCAGUUAGAGAGGAGCAAAUCACACACUGUCAGCUAACAUGGGGAAGAAAAGAGAAAUCUUAGACAGUCACCUGCUAUACUCUUUUUUUUUUUUUUACAGUUUAUUUGUUUAUAUUUUUUCAUAAACAGUAUACAAUUCCAAAAACAGCAAUAGAACUUCAAAUUUCACCCAAAACCACCCCCCUCCCAGAACAGACCCCAUAGGCCAACUCUUACCAAAAAACCCCUCUAACUAAAAAAUAAAAUAAAAUAAAAUAAAAUAAAAUAAAAUAAAAUAAAUUAAUUAAUAAUAAUAAUAAUAAUAAUAAUAAUAAUAAUAAUAAUAAUAAUAAUAAUAAUAAUAAUAAUAAUAAUAAUAAUAAAGUUAAAAAAAUACAGCAUAAUACAUGCAGCAAAGGUCAAGUCAUUGAGUGUGGAAAAGCAGAGCUCCUCCUGCAGAUGUACUUACAACCAACAACCACCACACUGUUGACAAUACUCAUCUGGUUAACUGUGAGAAGUUAUCCAGAUACACCUGCUAUACUCUCAACUCUGUGUUGUGCUCAAAAGGACUUUAACAGUACUAAUGUAUCUUCAUCAGUGCGUUUACUUGUUUGGUGUCUCUCAUUCUGCAGACAGUAGUGGUGACACCAGAGAUCCAGCCAGCUGUUACAGGAAACUCCCACUCACAGCCUGAAAUCUCGUUCUGCCUCCGAGACUCCUCUUCCUCAACUCCAAACUCCUCCAGCAGAGUCAGCUCUGCCAGUGAGAUUUCCACCAAACAUCUCACAGAUGGCGACAGGUAGAGUCUAUGCUUUUUAUUAUUCAACAACCUCACAGAUAAAAGUUUGUAUGAAUCUUUUUCUUGAGUUAUUUGCUAUGUUGACAUUUACUUAUAGGUUUUUUAGCACUUCUACAUACUAUUUUAUUGUAUUAUUUUAUUUUCAUAUUCAUUUUUAUUAUUUCAUCGUUCUUGUAUUAUUCUAUUCUAUUGUAUUAUUUUAUAAUGGUAUUUUUUCUUGUGUUAUUUUAUUGCUUUUAUGUAAAGCACUUUGGGUACCAUUUGGGAUAUUGUAAAGUGCUAUAUAAAUAAAAUUUGAUUGAUUGAUUGAUUGAUAUUCACUAUCAUGAAAACACUGAUUCACAGGGGGGAGCAGAAGGUGACUGUCACUAUGAGGACUAAAGCUGCCAGUGAGGAAGAGGAUGCAGGGAAACAGUCUCUGGUGACAUUACAGGAUGAAGUAGCGACAAACAGCCUCACCUCACGCAACUACUCACGUUCUCUGAGCCACAUCAGUGAAAGCAGUGCUGACGGCAUCGUUUUGACGGACAGGUCAGCGGGUGAAUCAGGGGAGGCGAUGACUUUGGCCUCAGGGCUCUCCGUCAGUGACAUUGAGAUGGAGAUGAACAGCAGAGCUCAGGAGCAGCCAAGCUCCUCUGCCAAAGAGUCACCAAAAAGACUUGUUGUUGUCCAAGAGAGCACUGACAGUGCUGCUGAUCAACAUCAGGAAGAUGCAUCCAGCUCUGUCCUGACACACUCUUCCCCCAGCACAGGAAAAGUGGACACUGUCACUCCCUCUCAAAUGACCACAGACUCACACCCAGAGUGCAACACACUGGCAGACUGCGCUGAUGAGACAUAUGUUGCUCGGCGGGUAGCGGUGGAGGAGGAGAUGCCAGGUGCAGGGGAGGGUGAUGGCCCAGUAGACAGCGGGCUGGAGGAGGCUUUGACAGCUGUGGUUUCCUCCAUGGAUGAUUACAGAGGGCAGUUCCCUGAGCUGCAGAUGCUGGAGCAGGAGCUGAAGCUGCUGCAGGUCACACUGAAGGUGAGAAUGGGACGUGUAUCUGAGUUAUCUGAGUAGUAUUUUGAGUAGUAUUUCACUAAAGCUAGCAAUUAUGAAACAGGCUGGAGUGACUGUUGUCUGAGUCACACUGUGUCACUUAAAAGAUCCUUACAAAGAUAGAUGCAUUUAAUGAGAGAACUGAACCAUUUAAAGCCACCAGACUCCAGAGACUAAACUAGUGAUUUGACCACAGCUGCAACUGGCACUUCUUUCUGAUAUUCUUCAACUUUUGUUGUAAAAAGUUUUAGUUCACGACAUAAAACAGUCCUGUCCAUUAAUCUGGUGCUUCAGUAUGAAUCUAGUUGUGUGUUUAUGUUUGUUUUUGUGUAGGGUGGUAAGCACAGUCGUUCGCCCAGCGUAGUCAGCCUUACAGUGGAAACAGCUCUUGGCAGCUUUGACUUCCUCAAUACGUCUGACUGGGAGGAGGAAGAUGAGGAGAAGAGCGACAAGAGGAGUCGAAGUGGAAGGUCAGUGCUCACAAACCACAUGUUUGGUGUAAACAAUGUAUGUGUGAUUCAAACUUCAUUUGCCAUGGUUGUAGCGUUAUGCUGCCAUCUAGAGGGGCUGAGUUUUAUUGCUGGCACACUGCUCUGCUAAUUCAAUCAUUUGCAGCUGCUGUGAAAACUGUCCGCAGCUGUUGACAGUGACAUUAUACUUCAGGGGUCAGUAACUAUUGAGGGUUUUAUACAUUAAUCUUGGAUGGAUAUGCUCUCUUAUAGCUUUGAUACUCGAGUCUGUAUUUGCCUUAAUGCUUUUCUGAGAUUUUCAGACUCAAUCUAACCUUCCUCAUUGCACAAAUACAGCUUCAAGAUCUAGACUUAAAUUUCACAUAAUCAGCCUGUUAUUACCUCAAUACUCAAGAAAAAAGUAGCAAAAUAUUUCUGAGAAAAAAAUUGAUUUCUCUAACAUUUCUUGUCUUGACCAACACCCCCACUAUAAGGUUGUUUGUCGUCGUCUCACCCUAAGCAGUACCUUAGGGCAAUAAUCACAGUAGUUUUAUUAAUAGAAUGACUUAAAGGACACAAAAAUCUAACAGGCUGAUUCAACAUGAGUCUGGUUCAGUCACGCGUGUCACUUAAGUGUAAAUCUGUCUCUGUUUAUAUUGCGUGAAAAGAGUUUUACACACAAAUACACUCAGACUUGUAAUGUUCAUGUGCAGGUCUCUGCAGGACAGAGGCUGGGACAGCCCUUCCACCCCCUCCUCCCCCCUCACCACAGGCUGCAUUACUCUGGACUGCUCCCUGGUGGUCCACCUGAAGAACUGCUGCGCACAGCUGCUGGUAGGAGACCUGUAAUGUUCUUUCUGCAGUAAAUGAAUAAGAAACUGUGAAACUGUGUUAAAAAAGCUCAGUUAACUUGCAGGUAAUACUUUUAGUUAAAGCAGUACACAAUAACUUGCUUGAACAAACUUGCUUGACUUUCUAGAGAAAAACUGACUUUGAAAGUUUGUCUUUAAAAGUUUAUAUAGAGAAUUUCUUUGUUAUAUGUAGAGAGUAAAUCAAUCUCCAGGAAUUAAUCCUGGUAAUUUUAAUUUUUAAAGUAAUGCAUGCUGUUGUAUUUAUUCUUUAUAUUAGUGCCUAAUCUCAGCUCUUACUCUGCAAUAAUUCUUGAAAGUUUUCCUUUUGAAAAAGCACGAGACAUCAGCAGCAGUUUUCUUCAUCAUUCAUUAAGGUUACUGAUUCGAUAUUAAAUCUUGCAUCGCUAAAGGUACAUUACUCUGAAGUACUGGUGAAAGAUUUUCCAUUUCUUCGAUUAAGUUCAAAUAAAAUGAGCAAAACUGCAUCAUAUCAUUUUCUCACCAAUGUUUGACUGCUUUAUCAAAGCCAAAGAUGUUCCACCUUCUUCAUCCCUCUAAAGCAUUUGUGUCUUUCCGUUUGCAGCGUCUGGGUACGUUUGGUCCUCUGCGCUGUGGAGAGAUGUACGCCUUAGACCGACUGCUGAGAGAGGCACGAGUUCUUGAAACCAUCCGACGCAUCGCCAAGGACAACCCAAAACGCACGAGACAGCCUGCUGAAGGUGAAAUCUCUGAGGGUGUCUUUGGAAAGUUACAACUUGAAUCAUACCAAUCCUCUUUUGAUUUGGACCGUUGUAUUGCUCUCAAGUCUGCAUUUAGUAACUGAUGUGUAAACUUGUAAAUUGAUAAAUUCAUGAAGCACUAAGGGAACUACUUCUUAGCUAACAGUCACAGUUUAAUUGUAGAAAGAGCUUGUGACUCAAUUGUUAAGCUGAGAUUUUUGUUUUCUAUCGUGAAAUCAAGAAAAUCGAAACAUCGCUCAAAUGAAAAGCAACAAAAUAUCAGCCAGUCUGUUUCAAAAACAAAAGAAAAGAAUAACUUUUGACUUUUCCUCUGUCUCUUUUAGUGAUACCACAGCUUGGCCUGUGCCUGGGUGCUGUGUUACUAUGGCAACAGAGUGUGGGUCAGGGCAGCAUGUACAGUGUAUCUGCUGAAAGCUUCCUGUCUGCGCUGUCUACGCUCUACGUCAGCAGUCUGCCUCAGAAGGCGAGCAACAUGACAGACACUGGUACGACAACUUUUGUGUGUGUGCGUGUGUGUGUGUGUGUGUGUGUGUGUGUGUGUGGGGGGGGGGGGGGGGGGUUGUGUGUUUGUGUGUGUGUGAACAGUGCAUGUGUGCCAUAAUAACACCUGUUUGUGUGUGUGUGUCCAGUGUUCUUGUGUCUGGCUGAGCGAGUGCUGGAUCAGAGGUUACCUCGGCGAGGAGGCAGCAGAGACGGUGUGACAGUGACAGUUUUCCAGCUGUGGAGUUACUUGGAGGCCAACAGCAUCACAGACAUGGAGACACACAUCAAUGAGCUGGCAGAAGAAGGUUAGAGACACACACACCAGAAAACACACUUUAACUAAAUAAACCCAGACAAAGUGUUCUGUGACAAUAACUCAUAACAAAAUGCCUUUAUCAGUGUGGCUGGUGCAGAGUCUGGCCUCAUGUGACCUGGAUGUUAUCGUGCAUGCCCUGCGGCAGCCUGCACCCUGCAGCCUGAGGAGAGAGGGGCUUCACGCUGUGGCCAAAUUACUGAGAGACCCUCGAGGAAAAGUGUCUGCGUCUGCCAGUUCUGUGCUGAGGAGCCUGAAUUUACAGCCCAGACAAAGAGAGCAGGUAAAACACACAUCCUCUGUCACUUAUAGAGUCAAUUUUAGUCUAUCAGUGUGUAAACAUGUGCCAGUGGUUCAUAAGCAUGUAGGUUUCUUUGUAUAGCACUUUUCUUACAGCCAAAUGCAGCACAAUGUCAAAACCCUUUGUUGUGCUCAAGGGUGGCACAAAUAAAGAAAAAAAAUAAAAAUGUCAAACUAAGAACAAAGGACUCCACGAAAACAGGGACUCUAUCAUGAGUUUAUAAUGAGGAAACAUUUGAUGUAUGAUUAGAGUAUUAAAACUUUAAAUAGAAAUUUAAUAAGAGGUAACAUGAAUUUUGAAAAUGAUGGAAUAAGCCAAAUAAUACAAUUGCUCAUAAACGAAUAAGUAAGAUAAUUAGGUACUAAAAGAUAAAACACUGAGGGAUCAUUGAAGAAAUAAAUAUAUGAAAUGAACCAUUAAGAUAAUAAUAAACUGACAAAAGUAUGACUUAAUAAAACAACUAUAAUUUGAGGUAAAGAUAAUAAAUAUAGAAGGAAAUAAAUCAAUUGGUAAAUAGAGUUGAAUAAAGUCAAACUCAGUCCAAAGCUAGACUAAAAAAGCAGGUCUUGAGUUUGCUUUCAGAAACGUUGAUGCUCUGUACUGGUCUCAGGUCUUGAGGUACACUGUUCCACAGACGUGGGCUGUAGUGAUAAAAAGCUGCCUCACUGUGGGCUUUUCUUCAUACUUUAAGCACCAUUAAAGGACCCCUACUUGGAGACCUGAGGGCUCUGACAGGAUCACAUGAUCAAAGCAAAUCUGAUAAACAGGGGAAGCCUCGCCAUUAAGAGCUUUACAAAACCAAUAAAACAUACCAAUAAAUCAAUUCUAAAAGAGACUUUCGGUUUAUCUGUGCUGAUUUGAUUUCAUCAAGCUGCAGACACAGAGGUACUUACAGUAUACUCUGUAUGACAUCUAAAGAGCUGAUGUUGCCCUCUUCCUGAGUCAGUGAUAGUCACACAAACAAAGUAUUUAAACAGCAAAUGUGGAGCAGCACUUCAUCAUGUGAUAAGUCAGUUCAUAUUAACAUACACUGCAGAUCUCUGCAGCCUCAUACACACUGUAAACACUGCGUUUGUUUUCCUCAGGCGCUGGUCAUCUGUUUGGAGCUGCUGGAAGAUGACAGUGUGGAGACCAGAGUGUGCGGAUGCAAAGCCUUAGCUUGCCUAAAGGUGCAAACACAGAGUCUGCUAUUAUCCAUCCUGUCACACUGCUAAAACUCACACUCAGAGUUAUAGAUGUCCUGGUUGAAGCAAUGUUGCUUUUCUAGAAACAUUGUUUAACUUUUUGUGACUGUAGUGGGACACCGAAUAAAAGUAUCAUGAAAUCGUAUUUGUCCAGAACAGCAUGUACUGACACCUGUGUCCUGUCUGUUGUCAUUUCAGGCCAAAGAAAGUAUUGACCAGUUAGUUUAUCUGUGUCGGACAGACAAGGAGGAAGUGCGAGAAGCUGCCAAACAGGCUCUGCUGGUGCUGGGUAAGAACAAGCAUCAUAUUAUUAAGAAUGGCAGCAAGACUGUCCAAUUGUCGUAAAAUCUUUCUGCUGCCUCAGCAAAGCAUCAAACAGGAGUUGGGGAUGAUCUUGCUGUGGUCCACUGAAAUAAAUGCAGACACUGGCAGUUUACAGACAGAGGUCUGGGGUUGUACUCUGUUUAAAGUUUCCUAUAAAUACUAAACCUCUGCCAAUGUCCUGUGGUUAAACAAACUCUUCCCUUUUCAGUGCUAGUUCUUUCUCCGUUCAUUUAUGCUUUAUCUGAAUCGACAUUUUAGUCUUCUGUAACUAUGAACUUCUCAAACUCAGGAAAACCAUAACCUCAAAUUUACUGUGUAACUAAGACCUUUGUAUAGCUGGAGUUUAAAGAGUAUGACAGGUAUUGUUCAGCGUUAUUAACUCACUAUGGUCUGUCUGUAUUUUUUCUUCUCCUUUUUACUCCAUUCAUUCGUAUUUUUGUGCCGUUAGAGGACGAUUGAGGCAGAAAUAGAAGACGUUUGCAUCCGUCUUGGUGUCUGUCUUUUUGCUUUGUCUAGCAUGAAUGCCUCUGGCAGCCAUUCAUUCAUUUAUUCAUGUAAUCACUCAUUCAUCCUUGUGUUCAUUUUCCAUGUUUUGCCGUUCUUCCAUGACUUGUGUUGAGCAGGCGAGGAGGGGAAGAUGGCCCACAGACACGUGGAGACGUCUCAGGACAGUUUACCCAGACUCUUCGCUCCAGGAAGCAUGGCCAGCACGGCUUUUUAAAAAGACUCAGACCAUCACACACCAGCACACACCAACACACACAGACAGAGUGGGAACAAAACCACUGAGUCAGCAACAUGCCAUAAAUGUUGUGCUUUGACACAUGUACAAAAAAAGCCCAGUUUGCUGUUGUUCUACCCCUGAGCACCACUAAAACACAUAUAUAAUAUAUAGAAAUAUCGUCGGAUGGAUUUCUUCACUACUGACAUUAGAGAUAAUAACAGUACAUAAGGGUACUUCUGUUAUUUUAAAACUGGGGCAGAUGUUUGCUGUUUUGGUAGCAAAAUGACUGACUUGUGUUUGUAGUCUUAUAAUUUGUUUCUGUAGAUUGCUUCAGAUGGCAGAUGUGAUACAGACGCUAACAGCUGUGGGGUUGUACUCAGGAGCAAAAGUGACCCAACAAUUUUUUUCCAUACAAUCAUUGGAAGAAAUAGACCUUUUGAUGAAGAUUUCAUUAUUUUAAAACAGAAACAUCUGUCCAUCACUCUCCUCAGAACCACCAGGCUUCAUGGACAAACCAGUUAUUCGUAUUCAUGUGUAACUCAAACAUUACAUUUGAUAUGUAAUACACAGUAACACAAAGUAACUGAUCGGUAGUGCAGCUGACCAGUAAUUCUUGUGUUCUAUGAAACAAAAUAGCCACUUUUGUUAAUGGAUCCAGGUGUUCUUUGAGAGGGCAAUGUAAAGGCUGCUCCUUGUUAAGAAUGAAGAGAGUCUUAUAGACUACUACCCCAGUAGAUCACUGAAGCAAUCUACUGAAGCAUUUUUUUUACCCCUUAGUCAUUUAGAAGCAAAAGCUUGAAAACAAAAGAGCCAGAUUUAAGCAAAAAGAUUUUAUUUUUGAACACUGGACAAACUUUUUUUUUUUAAUCAAUAAGCUACAUACACAUCAGAUUGAUCAACUCCUUCUUAAAGAUCAGUUCAACAAUGAGAAGAAUGUACAGAAUAAAAUGAUGGACAGAGAGAGGAGAAGAGGAGUGACAUGGACACUGAGGGAUAAGGAGUUCUGGGAGGAACAUGUCUGUGACACUUCAGCAAAUGUCUCCUUCAUGUUGCAGUUCUGUCCCUCUCUGGUGUGAAAGCUAUGUAAAGUUAUUUGCUAGAUUAUUUCAGUUUCACAGCCUACCAAGUGCCCAAAACGUACAAAUGUUAAGUUUCUUGUAUUUAAAUGGUUUUCUUACUUUAACUUUUUAUUGUUUUGAAUGGGUGUAUGCUGAACUAGGAAGCAUACACAUAUUAGAUAUAAUGCUGCCCCUUACAUUACAUAAAAGUACUUUUCUGAACGGCCCUGGUAUUCUCUAGUAAAGGCUCUAAUGUGAUUUUGAAUGACCCUGCUGCAGAUAGACACCUUGUUUUGUGAUGUGACAUGCCUGACAUGAUGCUCAGAAAAUUAACUUCUCAAAGGUAUUCAUAGAGGUGUAAAUGUGACAGAAUUCCCACCUCUGAUUUGAGCAGAAAGGUUUUCUAAUGUCUACAUGAGGCUCCAAAUUGGUCUACGGUUAAAAUUGCAGAGACACGUUUUUUCUGCGUUGAAAGAACAUAGUAAAACAUUUAUCAAAAAUUCACUUAAGAUACACUUUGAAGAUUUUUUCUUUUUGAAUGCACGCAUUAAUGAUCCUGCUGUGCUGAACUUCAUGUAUGUGUUUCAUCACAGAAUGAGCAUCAAAAUGAAAAUUCCACUGGUGUUUAUUUCAGUUUUUGUGUAACAGGUGCUCUUUCACACUCUCCCUGGGCUUUCAGUGGUGCUGGAGUCAUAUUAUAUAGCCAGAUGUGGUGGCAGAGCAGACAAGUUUUCACUAGAUGGAUGUGUUAGUGCAGACGCAGGAGAGGAACCCCGUGAGAUACUCUAGAUUCAACAUAUGAAGUCAACUAUAUGCACACUCAAAAAAAACUGAUCCCAAACCUGCAACACAGCUGCUGCUGGAUUAUCGACUGUGAAAUAUCCUCCUAGCCAACAUCUGUCUCACAGGCCUUUAGAUUGAGUGUUGUUCAUAUAUUUGCUACAGACUGAAAGAAAGAAAAGUAAAGCUUACACUGUAGAUCAACAUGAAGGUGAACUUAAGCUUGUCUGCUUGUUUCUGCACAGAAAAUGGUUCAAUCAAUUCAGUGCCAUCACUUUCCUGCAAUCAUGACUUACCUUCCUUUUCAUGGAAAUUCAUGAUAUGACUUUAUGCCACUGGAAUUUAUUGUUUUCUGAUUGUACAUUGUUUUAUCUUUUAUUUAGCAGAGCUUUAAUUUGUAAAUGUAUUCUAUGUUUUAUGAGAUGCAUUUUUACUGUUAUGAUUAUUUUCAGUUAAAUGAGCUGAUUCGGUGAAUGACACUACUCUGUACCACUGACAGGUCUGCUGUAAAUGGGGGCAUUUUACCCCCAAAAAUCACUGACAUGAUAAGGCUAGACUGCUGUUGAUGGCUUUUUUUUAUAUAUAUAAAAGAAAACACAGAUCGCUGAUUAGAGACCCAUUCGUCCAUCCAGCUCCGGAAAUUAGUUGAUUAAAAUCUGAUCAAUUGCAGUUCAGUCCUCAACAACAGUGAGCUUUCAGGCUAGUAAAGAGAAUAGGAAAUUUAGUUUUUAGUUGUUGUUUUUUUUUAUAAGUUUUGGAAGUCUUACACAUUAAAACAAGGGUUUUAUCAUAGGUGAAUUGGCUCCAGAUCCUGAAGAGCAAUACCAGUGUCUCUACAAAGCUGCUGAUCAUUUCCCAAAGUAAGCACCUUGCAUUGACUGAUGUAAAAACUGAGAUCAUAUUUUGUUAUUUACCUCGUUUACCUUUAAAUUUAAACUUAGCAACUAAUAAUUAAAAUGUAUGUACAUAUAAAUGAAGCCCUUGUAAUUACAGUUUUCCUUCUAGUUAUUUCAUAUUUAUAAAAUUUUAAGUUAUGGUUAAGGAGUAACCUGGCAAUUUUUGUAAACUGAGUGAAUCUUUUAGUUUUCUACUGAAGAGCAUUUGGGCCAGACAAAAGGGAAAAAGCAUUUUGUAUAAUGUCCAGAUUUCAUUAUAGCAAAAUAUCAGUUCAAGCUCAAGAUGUCAUUAAAAUCAAUGUGAUGGUUGAGUUUAUCUUAAACCACGAUUAUUUGAUUCAAUAUUUGACUGUAUACUCAGAACACUUGAAAUGAGCAGCAGUCAUUUUGACUUGUCCUGUUUUAAUCUAUUUCAGUCUGUGUACUGAUUAAAUGAUGGAAACAUAACAGGUUCAAGUUCAUGACGGUGGAAAGAAAUAACUUUGCUUCCAUUUCUUGUUAGUGUACAGGAAGUAAGUUCUUAGUCAUGUUAUCAGUGGGGCUUCAGUAAUGGCGUUGUUUAAUUCAUGCGACUUGUGUAAAAACCAAUACCUGUGAACUACUUAUGUGAGAAGGGGACCUGACCAUAUUGACCUCAGCCAUUAGUUUGUGAACUUAUUAGUUGCAGCAUUAAUUCUGGCAUCUUGGCAAGCUUUACCUUGUAGUUAUUAAAUCACUAAUGAUCAUCACUAUAUAAAAAAGAGGGGGAUAUUGAUGGUUCUUUUCAGUGUGACAUGUUGCCAUGGUUGCAUUGGCAAAUUGUACGCAGCAACCCCAAGAGUAUACCAUGCACUACUAUCAUUAGUUUUACCCAAAUGGGAUCAUGAUUUCCAUAAAAUAUAAAAUGAUCACCUUGCUGCAUUUAGGGUGACUUAAAUAACAUCAGCAGAUGUCAUCAUAAAGCAUCUGAAUACUUUCAAUAUUCCAGGUUAGGUUGUUUUGUAGGUGAUGGAGUAGUGCUCUGCAGGUCAUUAUAAGAAUGCAGGCUUGAGCAUGGCCUUCAUAUUUGGAACUAUGAAGUCUGUGGUUGGAUCUAAUGAAAUUCUCAAUAGGUGCAGUGUUGUGUUUAAUUCAGAUGAGAAAAUGUCAGCAGGCUCACAUGCAAAACAACCAUGGCGAUUUUACACAUGUAAAAAAAACUGCAUGCAAGCUUUGGUAUUGGAAAUACAUUGGCACGCUAGCGUUGACCUGGAAACACUGCUGAAUCUUAGCCCUAUAGCAAGCAUGAUUCUAGGCCUUUUUUUGUCUGAGUCAGUAACCACCACUGUCCAAAAUUGUUUUACUAUUUCUGCAGCAACAGUGUCUUCCAGCAUCAAAUAUGAACCAGUUUUAGACUGACUGUUUGGUUAUCAGUGUACCUCAGUUUUUUUUUUCACAUACUAUAAAAUCAAAGCAGUGGUCACAAUUGGUAGAGAAACGCACAGUUGGUGCCAAGUCUUUUUACUUCCCUUUGACUGUCUCAGAUGUUCUCAGCAACACCAAACUGAACUAAAAUGUACUUCAAAAAUACUGUGAUGGGAAAUGAAUCGGCAGUAGCUGUAAGGAUGUAAGAACAUGUACAGAGGAUUGAGGCCUUGUUUGAAAAAUAUUUCUGAGUUAUAAGGAAAUAUUCAUCUUAACUCAAAGUCAUUUUAGACAAUCAAAAAAAAAAACCAUGUCUAUCUUAGAAUUCAGUUUUCACAGAUGACUUUUUAUCAGAAAUAUUUUUCAUGAAGCCCCAAUCCUCUUCUUCCUCAAGUGAAUGUCCUAUGUUGAGAUGAUGGAUGGUCAACCAAGGGAGUUUGAUAUUAAGUUCAAGUUGGAUUUUAAGUUCUUUCAUAGAGUGCAUAAUAAGCAACAGAGGCUGUGGUGUCACUGGAAUCUUAAUAUAGGACUCUUGUCAUGUGGGAACUCACUUUUGUAUAUCAACGAUGGCUAUCACUGUAUUUGAUGCUUUACUUCCUAGUUGGCAUAUCUGCAGCCAAACCUCUGCAUUACGCAUCUCACAGUGUUCAAGUGCCUCAAGGUUUGUAUCAUAGUAACAUAUAGAUGCAAUAAAACAUAGAUGAGAUGCUUUAUUUAAGAAUGAAGAGUGUGAAGCAGUGGAGAACCACUGCAGCACAGUAUAUUUUUUCCACAAUCUUGAUUAAGUGUGCAGCAUUCAAAACUAAAUGUUUUAUUUCUUUUCUUUCUUUGCUAAAAUAUAUUUCCAGGAAUUCUGGUGUCAAAUAUAUGCAAACUAUUAAAAAUACGUUUAAAGACUGUC